AUGCACCAUCCUUGGCAUCUUAUCUUGGGUAAGCUUUUUUUCCCCUGUUGCAAUUCUGUUAUAAUUUAUUUAUAUUUCUCUGCCAUGGUAUAACACAUAUUAUUUGAAACACCCUGGUUUAAAAUUCUAGUCAGUGAUGUGAGAACCUGCAGCAUUAAUCCCUCAUUCGCCAGAUCAUUCAGACAAAUGCGAUACACAUCUGUGUGCCACUUACAUUUUUAAGCCUCUGUAUGCAAACCUCUGCUACUUUAAAAAAAAAAAAAAAAUUUUAUUGUAAAUGUUGCUUUACAUGCCUGAAACAUAUGCUUAAUACCUAUAAAAGGAAAAACAAACAAACAACAACCUUCUGUUUUUUUAUACCAAUUUUAAAAAAAAUUAAUCAAUCUCUCCAUUGUACAGUUUUAUAUAAUAAGUCAGUGCAUUCUCAUAAACAACUACAAAUAACUAAAUCCUAAAAUGCAAAAUGUGUGGAGUAGCCUGUAGUCUUAGAAAAAAAGGGAAUUGGGGGCACACCUGGAACAUGCGUUUCUAAGAAAUGGUGCUGCCAUAGAGAGGAAAAUUUAUAUAAAAUACAGAUUAACCCCUUAAGGACACAUGACAUGUGUGACAUGUCAUGAUUCCCUUUUAUUCCAGAAGUUUGGUCCUUAAGGGGUUAAGGAACAGUGCACACAAAACAAUACAGUUUUAAGCAGCCUGUAUCUUUGUCAGCAAGGUAAUUAUCUUCUGUGAUUGUUAACUCAUCAUUCAGGCACCUUGUUUUGUAUGGAUAGAUCGAUAAGGAGGCUAUCGAUAUAACUGGAAAGCUGUUUUUUAAUGUUUGCAUUUCAUUUUGAUUUUCUUACCGUAUAAUAUAAUGUUGCUGCCAUAAUCAUGUAUGAUAAAGGUACACGUCACAAAAAUUGCAUUCACAGAAAGGAAACCGUAAUCCUUCCAAAUUGUAAUCCUCUACUUUCCCAAAGAACACCCUUUGCACCCUAUUCACUCGACAGUACUAUCUGUAUUUACCAUUCCUUGUACCCUGCUUCCCGCAAACAGUAUCCCCUGCCCCAACCUUCCCAAACAGCACGCCCUGCACCAAAUACUUACUGCACCCUUCUAACAAACAGCUCUCAGUAGCCAAACAACUCUGUCUCCUAUUUCUUCCCUGAAUCAUUCUUCUGAAUUCACAACCUGUACUAAUCAUUUACAGUAUUCCUAAAACAGCAUCCCUAUCUUCCCCAAAUCCCUCCACCAUUCCCAAAACAGCACCUCUCUCUUCCCCAACUACCUCCAGCAUUCCGAAAACAGCACCCCUCUCUCCCCACAUAUCUCCAGCAUUCCCAAAACAGCACCUCUCUCUUCCCCAAAUACCUCCAGCAUUCCGAAAACAGCACCUCUCUCUUCCCCAUAUACCUCCAGCAUUCUGAAAACAGCACCCGUCUCUCCCCACAUAUCUCCAGCAUUCCCAAAACAGCACCUCUCUCUUCCCCAAAUACCUCCAGCAUUCCGAAAACAGCACCUCUCUCUUCCCCAUAUACCUCCAGCAUUCUGAAAACAGCACCCGUCUCUCCCCACAUAUCUCCAGCAUUCCCAAAACAGCACCUCUCUCUUCCCCAAAUACCUCCACCAUUCCCAAAACAGCACCUCUCUCUUCCCCAUAUACCUCCAGCAUUCCGAAAACAGCACCUCUCUCUUCCCCAUAUACCUCCAGCAUUCCGAAAACAGCACCCGUCUCUCCCCACAUAUCUCCAGCAUUCCCAAAACAGCACCUCUCUCUUCCCCAAAUACCUCCACCAUUCCCAAAACAGCACCUCUCUCUUCCCCAUAUACCUCCAGCAUUCCGAAAACAGCACCCGUCUCUCCCCAAAUAUCUCCAGCAUUCCCAAAACAGCACCUCUCUCUUCCCCAAAUACCUCCACCAUUCCCAAAACAGCACCUCUCUCUUCCCCAUAUUCCUCCAGCAUUCCGAAAACAGCACCCGUCUCUCCCCAAAUAUCUCCAGCAUUCCCAAAACAGCACCUCUCUCUUCCCCAAAUACCUCCAGCAUUCCCAAAACAGCAUCCCUCUCUCCCCAAAUAUCUCCAGCAUUCCCAAAACAGCACCCAUCUCUUUCCCAAAUACCUCCAGCAUUCCCAAAACAGCACACUUCUCUUCUCCAAAUACCUCCAGCAUUCCCAAAACAGCACCUCUCUCUUCUCCAAAUACCUCCAGCAUUCCCAAAACAGCACCCCUCCCUUCCCCAAAUACCUUUAGCAUUCUCAAAACAGCACCCUUCUGUGCCAACUACUUUCAGCACCAUACACCCCAAUAACCGCACACUCUGCACCAACUACACCCUACUACCCCCAAACAACACAUCCCUACCCAAACCACUUCUAGUCCCUUCUUCCCCCAAAUAGAAUCCCCUAACCUAACUAUUCAAUUCAUUCUACUUUUCCCAAAUAUCCAUGGCUCUGUAUACACUGUUCUCCCUAAGCCACGCAACCUGCACCCUAGAACUUCUGAAAAGUGAAAUCCAACCCUGCUCCUAAUCACAUGAGUAUACAACAAAAUAUUAGCUUUGAUUGCUAGAGCAUCAUUGUAAAAUACAGGCUCAGUGUUACAGUAUUGAGUGUAGUCACCAUGCUGAGUAGUCAUUGCUGGCACAGGGCCGGCCAUUCUGUUGAUUUAUUCUAUGGGGCUGUGUUUUGUGUAAUGAGAUUAAAGCCUUCUGUGGCUCAUAGAGAUUCAUCAUGCUAAGCAGACCCUGGAGGAUCUCCUAAUUAAUUUAGAGAUGUGUCUGCGUGACACUUACACACUGUCUCCCAUUAAGCGGUGCUGUGUGGUGCGUGUAAUUUAAAGCUGGUAAAAUUCCCUCCCCAUGGUCACAGUAAACAGACUGCACUGUUCAGAGACCCUAAAUGUGUUGAUCUCUCAGUGCUGGCCUAUUAAUGUUCUCUUAAGGUGAUCUAUAAAUGAUAGGUAUAAUACAUGGGAUUUCAUAUAUUCUAGCACGUAUAAAUAUAACUUGGUUACAAAUACAGUACUGUAUAGACCAGGGCUGUCCAGCCUGCAGCCCCCCCAGAUGUUGCUAAACUACAACUUCCAUGAUUCCCUGGCUAUAUGUUUCAUUGAAAGAAUCAUGGGAGUUGUAGUUCAGCAACAUUCGGAGGGCCGCAGGUUGGACAGCCCUGGUAUAGACCCUGUGGUGGUCUGAAAAGCACUGAGCAGCCAAUAAUAACUACAAUACAUGUUUUACACUACAAUUCCCAUAAUCCCUAGGCCAGGAGUAGGCAACCUUCGGCCCUCCAGAUGUUAUGGACUGCAUCUCACAUAAUGCUCUUACAGCCACAAUGCUAGCAAAGUGUCAAGGGAGGUGUAGUCCACAACAUCUGGAGUGCUAAAGGUGGUCUCACCUUGCCAUAGGACAGGUCUCUUGUAGUGCCAGACAUAUUUAAAAAAAAAAAAAAAAGUUAAUUGUGUGUAUGUUGGGUAAUUCUGCUUGUGUUAUGUAUGUGCGGUGGCUGCUUUGUGUGGGGUUGUAUGUGUUAUGAUCCCUGUGUGUGGUAUGUAUGUACAUGUGUUGUAUUUGUUAUAUGUGUGGGCUGCCAAUGUUGUUACCUAUGCCGAAAGCUAUUCCGAACUAAUCUCUGCAGUGCAGGGCUAGCUCACUGACUUAGAAAGUCAGCUGAUUGAUCCAGGCCCCGAACUUGUUCCCUUGUGUUCCACACCCAGACCACGAGAGAACUGUUAUAUGACAGUACAGUGCAAGCAAAUCAUUAGACACUCUCACUGGGCACUUCAGCAGUUCUUUCUGCAAGGUCCUGCAGGUUAGGGGACGGCCAGAAAGGCCCUUCAGUGCAGGGGAAUGUCCCUUUUCUGAGCAGUACAGCCCAUUAUGGGUGUCACCAGAGACCCAAACACAUCACUGGGGACACCCCCUAUUAGAGGCCCACCUGCCUACCUGUUGCCCACCUGUCCCAAUCUCAUACUUCCCAAUGUUGGGAGUUAUGUUGCUGUCAGCCAAUGAGCUUACCAACAGCUUCUGUCUCUAGAAGAGCCCCGGUUAAGAUGUUAAACCAUUUUAAAAUGGUUUGACUACUUACACUUGAAAGCACCAGAGCACCUUGUCACCAAAACUACUGUACAGUGCACUGUAGUGGUUAUGGUGCUUGAAAUGCUCAUUUAGUAGGUCAUGUUAGAAAAAAUUAAAUAAAAGAACAUUGUAGACACUAUAACUGCCUCAGCUGAUUGAAGUGGUUAUAGUAUCUGGAGUCCCCUAGUGCCAUCCUUCCAUUCAGUGUUAAUCUGUUUUUAAUGUUUAAAGCUAUAUCAAAGUUGAAGCAGUUUAUAAUUGUAAUAUACUAUAUAAUAUAUUACAAAGCUGGGCAGCUGUAAUUAGGAGAGUGUCAGCUGACUGCAUUCAGCCUGUCACAGGUACUUUUCCGGUAUAAAUAGGUAUGUCUAAAAGCUAAGGGGGAUUCAUGUUGACUAGUGCCCUAGCCAGAUUAGAACCCCCUCUUAGAGCUCUGCAGUCUUUUUCUGUGAGUGGUGUGUGAGUGUGUGUAGUAGGCCGAGAGCUGUAUGUGUAUCUAGUUUUAUGUGCCUUAGUGUGUGUGCAUGCAGUUCUGACUGAAUGUGCCACUGCUUCUGGUAUUGUGUCCCUUUGUAUGUGUCUAGGCAUCCUUGUGUGUGAAUGCGUGUCUCGUUGUCUAUGUGCAUGCGUAUAUCUGUGAGCGUAUGUGUGUGGGGUAAUUGCUUGCGUUGUGCUGCGUGUAAGGGGGGCUGCUUGAGGCUGUGUUUCAUGUGUGGGAGGUUACCUUGUAUGAUGAUGACUAUCUUCAGGGGUGACUGUGAUAGAGUAAGUUGGGGGAUGACUGUGGCAGGAUGAGGGUUGUUUGUGACAGGGUUUGGAGGAUGAAUGUGAAAGUGUUUGGGGGUAGGUGUAACAGGGUGAGAAGGGUGAGUGUGACAGAAUUAGUGGGGUGAAUGUGGUGGGUGGUUGUGUAGCAGGGUAAGAUAUGGUAAGUGUUACAGGGUUGAGAGGUGCGUGUUAUAGGGUCAGUUUGGCCAGUUGAGAGAGGUAGUGAGUGUGACAAUCUUGGGGAGUGCGUGUUACUGGGUUAGCGGUAUAUGUGGGGUAGAGUGAGGGGGAGUGUGUGUGACAGUGUAAAGGGUGACAAGGUUGGGGUGUGACUAACUGUGGCAGGGUGAGUGAGCGGGUGACAAUGUAUGAGGGCUAAGUGUGUGGAGGGAAUAACAUCAUGUGGGGAGGCUGUGUUCAACACAGUCUUCCCACACUGUAAUGCCUUUUUUUCUAUACCAUUUUCUUUUUUUUGUAAAUAUGAUUUUUAUUUGGUUUGCAAAUAAAGGAAAUGGGAUACAGUGAUACACGCAGGUAUCAAUUGACGUAUGUAACACAGUAACAAAUACAGUAACAAUUGCGUAACAUGUGCAAAUAUCAAUCAUAGAUUCUAUACCAUUUUCCCCCACCCGCUUAUCUCCUGGGUAGGAAGAGAGAAGUAAGACCUUCCCCGGUGGUUAGUUGUAUUCCCUGGUGGUCCGAUGACUUCCCUGGUGGUCCAGUAAGCUCUCUGUGCAGCCGCAGGCUUUCCGGCCUGGUACUCUGUGAGCCUGACUCCCUCACAAAACGCUACCACUGCGAUUACACCACAGACCACCAUGGAGUCAUUUUUAAAGGGAUGUUUAGGGAGAUCUUUUGAUCGCUCUGCCAGCUCCAGGGGGCACCAUAUGAGACUAUGAGAAAUCAGCACUUUCAUAGUUAAAUAAUCAGUCAGACAGCCAGAGAGGUUUGUUUCCUAGUUCUGUUAGAUUCUCUGAAUUAACGGAAGUGUCAGGCAGGCAUACCACCUUCUCAGAGCUCUGCAGUGUGUGCGCUCAUUUUCACGCCAUUUGAUUCACAGAUUAGGUGAGAAAAAGUAACUAAUAGAUGUUAAAAAACAAGGAGCAGUAAAACAAAAUCAAUCAUAUAUCAUAUAUCAUAUCAUAUAUAUUUAUAAAUACAUAUUUUUUUACUCCUUUUUUUCCCCUCUGUUGGUCACUUCUCACUUGAUCUGUGAAUAAAAUGAACAUUUAAUGGCUGCCCCCUAGCCAUAAAUAUUUUUUUCCCCAUCAAUCAUCUCUUUUUUGGAGGCAAAUCACAAAACAAAAAAACAUGCUCGUCCAUUGUCCACCUUAUUUGUUUGUGAUACAUCUCUAUAGCUAAACUAAGUUAGAAAGAUACAUUUGGAGCGGGAAUAUUAAUUAAAAAAGAGGCUGAAAACAAGAGAUGGGCAUGAAUCCAGUGGAUAGAGUGUAGAAAAAUGACAGCGCAAAAUACAGCCUUGUAAGUAUUAAAAUAUAACUUUUAUUAUUAUUACCUUAAAAAAGGGGAUCUAAUCCAAUAUAAUUUAUAGGAUAUGUAGCCUUUAUAAUCUAAAUAAAUAAAUUAAAAUAAAUCAUAAUGUUCAAUAUUUAAAGUAUAAACUUAAUAUGUAACUUGUAGCCCAAACCAAUGACAGAUAAACAGAACUCUAGAAUAACUAUAUAUAGUCACUGGAUCAAAAUCUGUCCUUAACUCGCUUUAGUGCGAUAGAAAAAUUUAUUUUGGAAAAAAGUCCUAGAUCUUAGGAACAAAAACAAUGACUAUCUGAAGAGAUAGAGCUGCUGGAAGGGGAGAACAAGAUCUUAAAAGAAUCUCUAUAGCAUUUUGGAGUUACAGAAUUCACACGACCCACCGAUUUGUUGGAAAGUGAAUGCACAAGUCUAUUGAGUUCUGUGUCCACAGUAUUAACAGAUAUGUGCUAAAAUGAACAAAUCAUAUAUUCGAGGUUUUCUGUCCGACCGUCCAUCCACCCAAUAUAUCCACCUGUCUGCCUUAACAUGCAUCUAUCUGUCUAGUUCUGAGUUCUUACCAACACCAAAGAAACACACAGCUUAAGGUGAUAUAAUAGAUAAAAGACACUAGUGACAUGCUGCAAUGCUAAGGAUACCUCCCAAAAAAUCCUCCACAAAAAACACACACGCCAUGAAUAUGACGGCACCAAAUGGCAGAAUACAUUUACUACACAGCAAAAAUAAAGCAAAGUUAAGAAUAACACUCUCAAACAGAAAUGCACAUAAGAAAAAAAUAUGUGCAAAACAUGCAUAUCAGCCAUAGAUGACAAAAAAAAGAGGUCCACCUUCAAUGUCCAGAAAUCCAGUCUGCAGUUAAUAUAUAUAUAUUUUUAACAAAGGUUGGACCAGGGGAAAAUACGGCCCCUGCAAAAUGCCCGUUAAUCGUGUAAUUUUUGGUUUUAUUUUUUGUGUAAAAAAAUGUAUUGUGCCACUUAGCCCGCUCACUGUCACUAAUUCUUAUCUGUUUGAAUAUAUAUUUUUGUAUGUCUUUUAAAGGGUUCCUGUGCUCCGUCUCUGCAAAUGCGGAGGAAUCCCAUUCUGAAGGCCUCUCGUCCACCUCAUUGUUGGAUUUACCCCCAUCUCACUUGAGGGGUGUAGACUCGGUAGAACAUGAGGUUGAAGGAUACCAAGAGCCAGACAUCAUUCAGGAAUUUCUACACACUCAUCAAGGCUCUGGUUUCUCCAGCCAAGAAACUGAGGAGUCCGCCAUUUUACAAUCCUCACAGUUGUUUAGUGAUGAUGAGGAGAGACGGGUGAAUGGGACCAGUGACAGUAACAGUGCACUACAGACAGGUGAGAGCAGUACAUGGUCUAACUCCAAAAGUACUGUACACUAAAACUAGAUGAUAUUUUCCAAACAGAGAUGUGUUUUGAGCACUUCACCUAAUUUUUCAGAAGUCAAACCUAAAUAGUUGAAUUUAAAACAUUUCCAAUGUAUCUAUCUGUCUCAGAUUUGGAUUGAUAUUUCAGGCGCCUGUAGGCAAAGAAAUCUUAGAUGCCCUCAUUGAUAUUCAAGCCACAAACAUAAAAUUGUCAUUUAAAAAAACCUAACUAAUUUGGAACACAAAUGUAAUCUCAUGAAAUCAUUAUUUUGUCCAGGCACGAGCACAUUUCAUGUUUAAGUGAGAAAAAAUAUCUAACUGCAAGGUUAUAGGAUCAUGUAAAUACAAGUUUGGAGGACUUACAUGUAUGUAUGAAUUUGUGUGUGACACAUUACACGUUUCAGUGUAAAUCCAAGCUAGUCACAUGUAUGUAUGCAGUAUGUACAAAUUAAAGGCACUCUCAAAGUAUAACUGAGGGAGAAAUAAGUUUUGGCAGCUUUAAAGUUUCAGGGCUGUCAGAACUGUUGAGACCCUUACAAAAAUACUGGCCAGCACCCCCAAUUAUCUGCUCAAAGACAUUUUUAAAUACACUCAGAGUAGCAUCAUAUUUUUCAGUGUACACGCCCCCGUAUAUAAGACGACCCCUAUUUUUUGAGGCCAAAAUUAAAAAAAUAAUAAAAUAGAACAACUUUGACAUUUUAGAGGUGACUUCUGAGGAGAACAACACACUUCCGAAUCUCAUGCUUCCCUGUGCUCCCAUACUCUGUGAAGUUAAUGGCUCUAUAGUGUAUGCUAGGAGACAACUCCCACAAUACAGCAAGUGGUGUGAGGGCAUGCUGGGACAUCACCGUAGUAUUCCCUCUACUCCCUGAUUCCCAUUUCCUCCCCCAUAAAUUUAAAUCAGAAAGCAACCCCUACCUGAGGUAGAGCAAACCUUAAUUUGGCAGCUCUUUUAAUGGUGUCGCAUGUCUCAGGAGCUCCGUUGGUGGUAAGUGCUGACGUCUGAUGCAGCUACCACGCAUAUAGGGUGCUCUUCUUCCUUGCCUGUGGCACACUGAAAUUUGACAGACACUAUCUUAACUUAGGCCCCGCGCACAAGUGUUUUUUUUUUUUUUUAAAACCCCUACUGUGACAUUCCGUGUAUAAGAUGACCCCCAAUUUUAGACAAUAACAUUAGACACAGAAAAAUAUGUACAUUCCCACAGACAUCUACAUACAUUCCCAUAUAGACACUGAUGCACACUGGCAGGCAGGCAGAAAUACAGAUACUUGAUGGCAGACACACUCUGUAAAUCAUACAUACAAAUUCACACAUUGUGACACACGCAGAUACAUUCUGCCACACACACUAACAGAAACAUGAAUACACACUUCCACACAAAAAACAUUGCCAGACACACACACACACAUUGAAAUACUUCACAUGUUUCUAGCCAUCCUCCUAUUUUAGUACUUUUACACCCCAGGAGGGUUUCUUAAUGGGGUCUUACUGGUUCCUCUUGUACUCUUUUGUAUCAGGAUGACAUAAGCCGACCUCAGAUCACUGUGGAGUGCAAAGAGAACCAACAGUGCAGUCACUCAGGAGGCUUGGUCUGUGGGUGCUUCUGUGCAAUCCACUUGGGGAAAAACUUCUGUCUCUGCAAUUGGGCCGCAUAGUGCGAGAGAACCUUUUGGGUAACUUUCCUAAAUUGAUUGCUUAACAAAGCACAAUCGUCUCCACAUUCAUCAAGACUCUUUCUCCAGCCAAGGAACGGAAGAGUCCACCAUUUUACAAUCCUCACAGUUGUUUGGGGAUGAUUAAAACUUGAAUACCGUGAGGUCUUUUAAGACAGCUGAGCUCUUUAUACAAAAGGUGGAACAAUGUAAUGCACUUAAUUUUUCCUUACUGUAAUCUAGUUAUAGAUUCUAAGAAAUGGCAGGUAAUAAUAAUAUAAACAAAUCCACUGUAGGCCACCUGCCAGAGCGAGAUAUUUGCAGUCCUUGCUCUGCACACAGCAAGCAGUCAAAUCCCUAAAUUAUUCAGUGAACUCAUUUUUAUCUUGCACUAAGCUAUGAAAGGGAAGGAGCUUAACAAAAAAAUAAAAAUAAAUGAAAAUGUUUGUAAUACUUUUAUGCAUAUUCUUAAUAUGAACCUAUUAAAUAAAAAUAGCAAAAAAAGAGUCACGGUACAAAAUAGCUGAUCUCCUGAAUGGGGUGUAACCCCUAGUGAAAGAAUUGGCUAAGUUUGAUUGCUCUCUACUUUAGGGUGGAUUUCCACCUCUUAGUUAUUUUUCUUUACCCUGGUCAAGCCGACGUAGGGUUCCCACUCUUUAGGAUAUCACAUAAAAACUCCUACUCCUAUUAUAUAAAAAAAACUCAGAGCUGAUUAAAAGACCAUAAUGUCCACAAAAGACUCUUUUUUACUGUGUUAAAUUUCCUUUGAUAUUCCAAUGCCAUGCAAAGAUAUACUUGAGACAAAGUAAGGUCUAGCUGAAGAAACAUGGCGAUGACGCAGGGCCGGCGCUUCCUAUAAGGCGAACUAGGCAGCCGCCUAGGGCGCCAUAUAGGAGGGGGCGCGGACCGGAGAGGAGCUCGGCCACGCUACAGGGCAGGGGAGGUGAGUAGAACAUGAUUACAAGGAGGGAGGGAGGGGAGAAGAUUAUAGGGGAGAAGAUGGGAGGGAGGGAGGGGAGAAGAUGGGAGGGAGGGGGAGAAGAUUACAGGGGGGAGGAGAAGAUGGGAGGGAGGGGGAGAAGAUUAUAGGGGGGAGAAGAUGGGAGGAAGGGGGGAAGAUGGGAGAAGGAGGGAGAAGAUUAUAGGGGAGGGAGAAGAUUACAGGAGCAGGGGAGAAGGUUACAGGGAGGGAGGGAGAGAAGGUUACGGGGGAGAAGAUUACAGGAGGGGAGAAGAUUAGAGGAGGAGGGAGAAGAAGAAGAUUGGAGGGAGGGAGGGGAGUGGAGAAGAUUGGAGGGAGGGGAGAAGAAGAAGAUUACAGGGAGGGGGAGAAGAAGAGAAGAAACAGGGAGGGGGGAGAAGUGGAGAGAAAGGGGGGAAUAAGAGGAGAACACGGGGGAGAAGAAGAGAAGAUUACGGGGAGAAGAAGAGAUUACAGGGAGGGAAGGGGGGAGAAGAAGAGAAAACUACAGGGGGGAGGGGAGAAGAUUACAGGGAGGGGGGAGAAGAAGAGAAGAUUACAAGGGGGGAGAAGAAGAGAUUACAGGGACGGAGGAGAAGAAGAGGAGAACACGAGGGUGGGAGAUAAGAACGUAGGGGAGGGAGAGACCACUAAAGGAGGGAGGGGACAGUGGAGAGACCACUAGGGGAGGGUGGGGGAGAUGAGAGACCACUAAUGGAAAGUCGGGGAGAAAAGGAGACCACUAAGGGAGGUGGGGGGGAGAGGAGAGACCACUUAGGGGCAGGGGAGAUCUCUAAGGAAUGGAAGGGAGAGCUCUAUAGGACAGGGGGCAGGACAGGGAGCUCUUUCACACCACGCGCACACACACACACACACACACAAUGCAUUCCUAUACACACAGAAACACAACAUGCUUCCCUUACACACCGAGAAACACACAAUGCUACCCUUACACAUAAAGACAAUGCAUCCUUUGCACAAAUACACAGAAACACACAAUGCAUCCCUUACACACACAUGCAAACACACACUGCUUCUCUUACACACACACAGAAACACAAUGCAUCUCUUACACACACUCAACGCACCCCUUACAGACACACACACUGCAUCUCUUACAUACACAGAAACACACUUUGCAUCCCUUAUGCAUACAAACACAGAUUUACACAACGCAUCCCUUACACACAACAAGAAACACACAAUACAUCUGUUAUACACAAACACUCACUGCUUUCUGUCCCUUACACAAAAACACACUGCUUCCACUACACACAAACACACUGCAUCACCUACACAAACUGGCAUCCCUAUACACUACAUUCCAUAAGCACACACAUUAGAUCCUCUACAGUAACACAUAACACAUCCCCUACACACUCUACUCCCUGUGAGCGAACUCAUGGGUGGAACAUGUAGGUGGACUUAUGGGUGGGCUUUAUGGGCAUACUCACCGUCAGGCUCUGGGGCCCAGACCUUGAGCUAUGUAAGAGGCCCCAAAAAAUGGAGCUGCUUCCCGUUCUCCCAGAACAUUGAAUUUUGUGACCACAGUUACAAACAGCCUCCAGAGAUCCUGUUCUACACCAGACCAGUGGAGCCAGACUGCAGCCAGAGCCCAUCACCAUCCUCAUCUGAUUGUAAGUAGGCAAUCUAGUAUAUUAUUAGCGACACUAAUCUCUAAUUUACCUCACAUUAAAUGGACACUAUAGUCCCCAGAACCACUGCAGCUUAAUAAAUUUGUUCUGGUGUCUAUAGUUUGUCCCUGCAGGCUUUUUAAUGUAAACACACACUGUGUGCAGCACUGGCAUUAGUUCAUAUGGCAGAUCAUAUGGGUGGGGCAUUGCGAUGUCCCGGGGGGGGAGGUGAGGAGGGCGGCAAAUCUUUCUUUUGCCUAGGGCGGCAAAAAUCCUUGCACCGGCCCUGGCGAUGAGAAGGUGUCAGUGUCGAGGAGGUAAAAUACCCAUUAAUUAUAUCUUUCUACAUACUGCCUCCAAUCUACCAUCACACAAGCAGUCAUGUCACCUUGGGGUGACCCCACAAGUGACAGGGCUGAUUUUAGUAUUUGAUUUACUAGUAGUAAAUUUUCAAUUAAAUUUGUAUGUAUAUUUCAUUUCACUUUGGAUUUAUUCUUGAAACGAUGAAUUGUAGUGAAUUUAAAACUGCACUAAACCGUAGCCCAAAUGGAUGGUGUAUGAAGUUAAAUAAAAAGUGGAAAGUUUAUGAGUAGGAGACAAGGUGAUUAUAUGACUCAUUAAAGAUGCCAGGCUUAGAUACUCAUGACCACUCACCACACACUUGUUUGUUUCCAUAGUUUAAGAUGUUCCAAAUGGUCCCUGCUUAAUGUUUUACAAUAAAUGUGUAUGUUUGUUGACUUUUUAAACAUAUACAAAUCCAUAGCAAUAUACAUAUAACAAUAUUAAAUAAAGUAUUAAGUAUUCUACAGUGUGCAAGCCUCGGUAUAGUGAAGAAGGUGGAAUGGGUGGUAAGGUUAGUAGUAGGUAGUUUGUUUUCUAAAAGGUAUCAUAAUGUUAAUAUCACAAUGUAUAGCUCAUUAUUAUUGUGUCUGAUUAUGGCAGAUUACCCAACUACCACCUUCAGCGAUGGCACUAUUCAUGGUGAAAACAGAAGCAACUCCCCAAACCAAAACCAAGAAACAUCAACAUCAUGGUUGUCUACAGACUCAGGAGAAUUGCCCAGACAUGUUUCUACCAAGACCUUAGCAGAGGAAGAUAACAUACACCCAGCAACAAACCAUAGUGAUGUCUCUGAACAUCCAGAGCAUGAGUGGACAGUAUUCACAGUCACAUCUGGUACUCCUGAGCAACCAACACCCAGGCCACCUAGAAAGACCAAGAAGCAUUCAACUUCGAGGAAACAUCAUGCCAACCACAACCCAAAAUCUGUGCCCCAGACAGAACAUCCUUUGGAUUCCCUUUUAAACGUAGAUGACACUCAUGCAUUCCUAGAUGAGGAUAUCAAAAGCAUGCCAACUCACACUACUCAAGAAAAAGAAAAUGUGAAUCUGCCAAAGCUGUUUACCCAAUGGGAUAAGAGCAGUACACAGAAAGUUGUUCCUACUGAGUUACAGUGGGGGUCAGAGCAGGUAAUUAUUGCAAAUAAUUAAAUAUAUAAAAUAAAACAAAAGGUGUUACAUUCUGUCCUUUUCAACAAUAUUUAAAAAUGGCCAUGUUAAAGCAUUUGUACAAGGUGCCAGUUUUGCAUUUUCCUGGCUCUAUAUUAUUAUCAUGGCUUAAAGGUUACACCACACUUCUUGGUUGAUAAGAUAAAAAUGAUUUCAGUUGAUAUACAGUCCCCUCUGCCUCUUGCUCGUCAAUCUUUUUCUUGCUCUCUUAGACUGGAGACCUUGCACCUGCCACUGUUACUUAAACUUGCUCCAGCCUCCAGCUAAUAAUGCUUUUGUCUCUUAUGAAGCCAACAGUAUGUAGCCCCUAUAACACCAGAUCCCUAGUAAAGAGACACUUCCAUCUUCAUGAGUGGUUAUUGCAACACUUAUUAUUGGUAGCAGCAUAUUUUUCCCGGACUUUAAGGAUUUUUAUAAACAUAACUGUCUCCAGUUUAGUGCUGCCCUCUUCUUUGUAGAACAUGUUGAUGGCCACUGGUCUUUUUGGAUAACAACAUAUGUUUUGGUGUAACUGUGUUUAAAACAUUAUUCCAUCGCUAAGGGUGCCUGCAGAAUUGCAGUGUGAAGUCUGAAACAUAAUACCUGUCUUUGCUAAUUUGCAUGUUGAGCUUUGAAUUCUGGGAGAGUUAUGGAAACACCGUUUCUUGAAUACUGUGCUCGAUGCUGACUUUUCCUAAGAUCUUACGUAAGGUAUGGAUUUAGAUAAAUAUAUAUGGCAGUACUCCCACACUGUAUUAGUGCAUUUUAUUGAUCAAGUAGAUAAUUUACCUGAUGGAUUAUUGUUAGUGUUGUCGCGAACCGUUCGUGGCGAACUCCAGUCAGCUGACACAUCCCGGCCAAUCUCCAGCAGACCCUCCCUCCCAGACCCUCCCACCUCCUGGACAGCAUCCAUGUUGAAGGCAGCUUCAACAUGGAUGCUGUCCAGGAGGUGGGAGGGUCUGGGAGGGAGGGUCUGCUGGUGAUUGGCCGGGAUGUGUCAGCUGACCGGAGUUCGCCAUGAACCACGGCGAACCGUUCGCGAAAAGUUUGCGGACGGUUCGCGACAACACUAAUUAUUGUGGAUUACCUAAAUACUUGAGAUGGUUAAAGUGACUUUUGAUUUUGCAUUGAAGAAUAUAACUCCACAGUUGACGAAGUGGAUUGCAUUGUUGUUCAGUGUGUAGAACCUGGAUGGAUUGAGAAACAGGUUUAGUUUAUUACCAAUAAACACUUUAUCUUUCUUUUAUCCCAGGUAAUCUGUAAUGACUGGAUUAACCUUGCUGGGAAGAAUUAUGUUAUUCUCAACAUGUCCGAUGACAUUGAUUGUGUAAGUACCCAAAACCACUGCCACCUCUCAAACCAUGGCUGCUAACACAUAAAAAAAAAAAUAAAAAAAACUGGUAUGGGAAUUUACUGGUAAGCUGUCCCACACCUUACCUGUUCAGAGUAUGCCUAAGUAUAGUUACAGUGAGAUUGCAGGUGUGGAGGCAUUCCACACAAGCCCCUCUCACCCACCAAGAAACAGCUAUACAAGUGUGGUUGGCAGCUCAAGAUAUGGGAGCACACAGUCAUGUUCUGUAAACAGAACUUUGAAUAGAUUGAUAGCAAGCAUAUUGCAAUUGUAGUCCGCGUACUGGGCAAUUCCAAUCAUCCUGCAUGGUGUGUGGACCUGGAGCUGAGCACAAUACUAUUCAUCUCAUAAACUUCUGCUUGAUACAAGCUUAUGGGAUUAGAAACAAAAUACUUGUAGAUCACAAUGAGUGGGUUCUUACUAAUGGAGCAUUUCUUGUUCAUGGGUUCUUCUGGCUGCUUCUAGGAAUGUAUUGAAAGUGGGAAUCUUUGUUUUGGGGUAUGUUGUAUUGCCGUAACUAUAUAAUUUGAUUGAAACGGUAGGGAAUUUGCUAAACUGUCAGUGGAUGUGAAUUGAUGAUGGAAUGUCACAUUUUGGACAAAUAUAUUUGAACUGGAAACAUACAGUCAGGUCCAUAAAUAUUGGGACAUCAACACAAUUCUAAUCUUUUUGGCUCUAUACACCAACAAAAUGAGUUUGAAAUGAAACAAACAAGAUGUGCUUUAACUGCAGACUUUCAGCUUUAAUUUGAGGGUAUUUACAUCCAAAUCAGGUGAAUGGUGUAGGAAUUACAACAAUUUGUAUAUGCGCCUCCCACUUUUUAAGGGACCAAAAGUAAUGGGACAGAUUAACAGUCAUAAAUCAAACUUUCACUUUUUAAUACAUGGUUGCAAAUCCUUUGCAGUCAAUUACAGCCUGAAGUCUGGAACACAUAGACAUCACCAGAUGCUGGGUUUCAUCCCUGGUGAUGCUCUGCCAGGCCUCUACUGCAACUGUCUUCAGUUCCUGCUUGUUCUUGGGGCAUUUUCCCUACAGUUUUGUGUUCAUCAAGUGAAAUGCAUGCUCAAUCGGAUUCAGGUCAGGUGACUGACUUGGCCAUUGCAUAACAUUCCACUUCUUUCCCUUAAAAAACUCUUUGGUUGCUUUUGCAGUAUGCUUCGGGUCAUUGUCCAUCUGCACUGUGAAGCGCCAUCCAAUGAGUUCUGAAGCAUUUGGCUGAAUAUGAGCAGCUAAUAUUGCCCGAAACACUUCAGAAUUCAUCAGGUCCAUUGGGAGCCAUACAUGCCCACGCCAUGACACUACCACCACCAUGCUUCACUGAUGAGGUGGUAUGCUUUCGAUCAUGAGAAGUUCCUUUCCUUCUCCAUACUCUUCUCUUCCCAUCACUCUGGUACAAGUUGAUCUUGGUCUCAUCUGUCCAUAGGAUGUUGUUCCAGAACUGUGAAGGCUUUUUUAGAUGUUGUUUGGCAAACUCUAAUCUGGCCUUCCUGUUUUUGAGGCUCACCAAUGGUUUACAUCUUGUGGUGAACCCUCUGUAUUCACUCUGGUGAAGUCUUCUCUUGAUUGUUGACUUUGACACACAUACACCUACCUCCUGGAGAGUGUUCUUGAUCUGGCCAACUGUUGUGAAGGGUGUUUUCUUCACCAGGGAAAUAAUUCUUCGGUCAUCCACCACAGUUGUUUUCCGUGGUCUUCCGGGUCUUUUGGUGUUGCUGAGCUCACCGGUGCGUUCUUUCUUUUUAAGGAUGUUCCAAACAGUUGAUUUGGCCACACCUAAUGUUUUUGCUAUCUCUCUGAUGGGUUUGUUUUGUUUUUUCAGCCUAAUGAUGGCUUGCUUCACUGAUAGUGACAGCUCUUUGGAUCUCAUAUUGAGAGUUGACAGCAACAGAUUCCAAAUGCAAAUAGCACACUUGAAAUGAACUCUGGACCUUUUAUCUGCUCCUUGUAAAUGGGAUAAUGAGGGAAUAACACACACCUGGCCAUGGAACAGCUGAGCAGCCAAUUGUCCCAUUACUUUUGGUCCCUUGAAAAGUGGGAGACACAUAUACAAACUGUUGUAAUUCCUACACCGUUCACCUGAUUUGGAUGUAAAUACCCUCAAAUUAAAGCUGAAAGUCUGCAGUUGAAGCACCUCUUCAUUUCAUUUCAAAUCCAUUGUGGUGGUGUAUAGAGUCAAAAAGAUUAGAAUUGUGUUGAUGUCCCAAUAUUUAUGGAUCUGACUGUAGUUGGAGAUUUUUUUACACUUCUUAGGCCCUAAAUAUGAAGAAUAUGGUCUUCUCCCAACAAGUCACAGUUUACUAAAUAACCCUGAAUUUUUUUCCUGCUGUGAUUAUUGAAUAAGCCCCUCCGAUAUCAGUUUUUAUGGUGUAUACAUUCAGCCACAUUUUGCUUUGGCAGUAGAUUUAUCCAAAUACUCAGCAAGCUUUGUGUGCUGCUGUACUUCACUAAACCAUGUGUUUGUAAGGGAAUGCAAGGGUAAGGCACAUUUUAGUUGCAUUGGAAACAUUCUCCUAUUCAUUUCUCCCAGCUCGGCUAGUUUGAUCUGCAAUUUGUGAUUCCCCAGAAAUUCCCAGCUAAAUGAAUAGCCCUUCAUCACGGAGUUCUAGUGGUGUAAGCAUGCGGAUCAGUUUUUCCCUAUUUAUGUAAGAAUAUUUAUUUAACACAUCUGUAGCUUUUAUGUGUUCUGUCCCUGAAUGUAUGUAUGUUUUCCUGAUAGUCGUGACUCUGUCAUCAUCCCUGCAUACUACUCCCAAUCCGCAGUCCGGAGCCCGCCCCGGGAUUUACUGGUCACUAUGACAACAGUCUGCUGUCUUUAUUAACCAUCUCCAGGGUUUUUUGUGUUGCCAUGGAAACAGCAGGCAUGAUUAGAUGGCUGGAGAGGGAGGGGGAGUCUAAAACUGCUCAGUGACCUUUCUAUACUAAUGGAUCCUUUCAGCACCUUGUCUAAAUUACCGUAGUACGGUAGUCAUUCUCUCUUGUCUGUCCCUACCAAGUGCCCCUAAAUUCAGAGACACUUGAUGGAGGCUCUCGGUAAGUGUCUUGAUAACGUUCACUGGGAUGAGGGAACAAAUAAAUAUUUUUUGACAGUACUGCUUUAAAUCAAAACCCGAUAUCGCCCACUAUUUUUUUUUAUUUUUUCAUAAAAAGCAGUGAAAUGUCUUUAAUUAACCAUUUUGGUGCCAAUUGGCUCAGGGAGUAACAUAUUACUAAGCUCUCAGCACUCACAAGGUUUAAAACAGGUAAAAUUAAAAGGAAAAAAAUAAGUUAAAUCACUCUCUUGCCCAGUGAUGCCUGAUUUACCAUUCCUCUUGUAACUUUUGAUUAGAUCCACUCCUUUUUCUAUGAAAUUGGCUAGUUUUAUUUCCUAGGCAUGAUGUCACAAGCUUGCACUAUCUGCCUUACUCAGCGAGUGCGCAUAGGACUGACCAUGUGGGUUCAUUGAUAGAGCUGUACACAGAUGUUGACUUUUUGUGGUUUUUCUAGAAGACAAUAGUGGUACUAAGGCCCCACUAUGCCACGUAUUUAUCAGAAAAGUUUCUGCUCAAUUUCUAGAGCUAUCAUUUGAUAUUCCUUCUUUAUGAAGACAAUACUCAUUAAAAAAACCUGAAACUCCAUUUGUCUUUUUUUUUGUUUUUGUUUUACUGAUUCUCCUCAUAUGACAUUUUAGAUAUUUUGAACACAGUUGAUUUAAAUAAUUUUUGCCAAAUAUUUUUGUUUGAAUUUUACAAGCUGGUUGUUAGUUGUUAAACAACCCAGUCUUCGAGGCAUACAUUUGUCAGGAUCAUCCUAGGAACAGAAUUUUGAAAUACCCAAAAGACUGUUAGAGUGCCUUGAGAACUGGGAUAGGAACCAGUGAUUUAAACCAUUCACUCAUAAGAAUUGCUACUGCUAAGGCCAGUCGGUAUUGUCAUGCACAGAAAGGGGCAUUAAUUCUUAGGAUGGAAAUAUACCUUUCCCCUUUUAUGAAUCAAUGGUAAGACUGCACCUUAAAUAUGCUGUGUAAUUUUGGGCACCUGUUCUAAAAAAAAAAGGAUAUUUUGGCGCUAGAAUAAGUGCAGAGGUCGGCUACCAAAUUAAUUAUGGAACAUCUCCCUCACAGCCAACCAAUGGACAAAAAAUCUCAUAAUUUAGCAUAAAAGCUCCAUUAGUUCCCAGUACCAGGAGGUCAAAUACAAGCUCCUCUCUUGGUGAUACUGCACCCCUAAAUUCCUACACAAGAUAUUCCCUGUGAGGCACAGUGGUUAAACAAACUGAGCUGUGGUACCCGUGUGUGGCAAACCUAGCCACUUGGACAAUAACCAGAGACUGUGCCUUUAAGGGUUGCCACUAGGUCGGGCGAGAUAUGCGCUGUACACAUAUGUAGAUGUUAAGGUAUUUUCCGUGUUGCCUGUAAUACUGUUUCCGCCGAAUGCAAUUGGCGGUUUUGUAUGGGGAUUUUCUUUCGUUUCACGAACGGCACUUUAGAAAGCCGUUCGUGAACCGAACGCGAUACCCCCUAAUAGCCCACACACUUAGAGGCGUGUGGCGCUAGUUAACCGAUUGCAACAUUGUUGCAAUCGGUUAUUAGAGGCUCUCCUGGGUGGCCGUCGUUCGACUACCGACCAUGCGGCGGUCGGCCAUCUUGGAUCCCUUGUUCGUCAGCGGGUUCGUGUCGUCGAACGCAUACUACUACCAAUAGUUAUUCGACGGCACGAACACCGCUGAGCCUCCCAGACGUUCGGGAGUUUCAGGACCAAGUUCACCCAAAGCAAUCGGUUCCUUUUGUGGGUUUUGUAAGAAAUGUGUUUUCUGUGCGGCGUUCGGUUAAUUUGGCUGGGAUCUGAGCAGCAAUCUCACGAAUGAUGCGCCCAGACCCCAGCUAUCUACCGAACGUCCAUUCGUGUAAAUCCACCGUGUAUUUUAAAAGUUAUGUAUUUUUAUAUGAAUUGCCGGUUCUGCUGCACGAGGGGAUAAUCCCCUUAACGGUGCAUUCUGGGAGGAUGAUCCCUCUCGUGCAGCAGUGCCUGAUGGGAGAAAUAUGUUAUACUGUAAGUCCCCCAUGUAGUCCCCUCUGGGAAUGCCCCUGGGAAGGGACUCAGGAGACCCCUUGCAUGGGGACUUGUAUAAAUUGUCGUGCUGAAUAAAGGAUUGUCAGUUGACUCCCAAAACUGUGUCUCGUCCGGUUAUUGGGAGGUUGGGGAUAUUGCCUUGGUGUUUUCAGCGCUUGACUGUGGAUUCGUUCUGGACCAGCGGAAUUCGUGGAUUUUAUAUUGGCGUUCCGCUACAAUUGGUGGCAAGCGACGGGAUCCAACUCUACAGCCGAAUACAGCGCAUUCGAAUGAAAGGAAUUACCGAACGGAAAGGCAAUUCGUAUGAAACAAGCAGACGAAAGCGAUCAGUGAAUGGGGACUGAUUACACGGCGUUAAAGAGACAGACGCUAAAGGAGCUGCUGGAGGCUAGAGGGAAAAGCGCUAGCAAUAAAUCGAAAGCAGUCCUGAUUGCAGAGCUAAUGGAGGGCGACCAAGCACACAGCAGUCCACCCCCACCUGCCAGAGAGGAAACACCAUACCAGAGGGAACUGAGAACCCGGCUGGAAUUUGUACCACAGCCAGUAACCCUGGACAUCUUAACUAUACUGAUGGCGGACGUCCAGGAUUAUAUUAUGGCACAGCAACACCAGAGGUCACCAUCCAGGGCAGAAUCCAUCGCCAAUUCAUUCUGCGCUCCAGUGAAGCAGAAAAUACCUUACCAGGCAUUUAAAGCAUUCUGCGAGGAGAAAGACGAGAUUGACGGAUACCUGCAGGAUUUUGAGCGGUUGUGCGACCUACAUGAUCUAGAACAGGCUAUGUGGGUACCCCUACUGGCAGGCAAGUUGGCAGGACGAGCAGCCGAGGCGUAUCGCGCUGUGCCCAGAGAAGAUAGCAAGGACUAUUUUAAAGUUAAGAGGGCAAUUCUGGAGAGGUAUGCCAUAACCCCGGAGGCAUACCGGCGUAAAUUUCGAGGAUUGAGGAAGCCCGAGAAAGAUUCCCACGCUGAGUGGGCACAUAAGCUCGACCAAGCGUCGCAAGGAUGGAUUCAGGCGAGCCAAGCUACCACAAUGGAGGAACUGCGCCAGCUCAUCUUGCUGGAACAAUUUUUUAACGGACUGUCACCUGAGGCACAAGAAUGGGUAAGGGACAGGAAACCCCUCACCCUAACCGAAGCCGCCCGGUUGGCGGAUCAGCAUUUUGACGCCCGAAGGCAUCAUGGGCUUCCCAACAGGGCUCCCCUGAGACCAGCUGUACCACACCACCCAACCAUCUCCACACCCGCCAACGCUACUCCAUUCCGGCCACCAUCAGGAAACCCCCCACCGCCAUCACGCUACAAUGGCAGGGCCAACAUACAAUGCCAUACCUGCCGGCAGUGGGGGCAUAUGUCCCGGGAGUGCACCCAGAAUCGGAGCAGGCAGGCGUGGAACCAAGUACGGCAAAACUCUGCGCCAAGGGCAGUGGCCCAUUUCUACCACACCGAACCGGACCACUCGGAGCUGACAAGUCUAUCAACCGAAGAACCAUUGGGGGUUCUGUACGAGGUGAUGUCGGUGCAAGCCACGGACAACCGGCAGCAUCAUCGCCAAGUUGUAUUUGUGGGAGGGAAAGAAGUGCAGGGGCUGCGGGACUCGGGAGCCACCUUGACCUUAGUGGCCCCUCAUUUAAUUCCAGAUACGGCCCACACUGGCGGAUCAGUGGCAGUCCGGGUAGCAGGGGGAGCUAUGUACCGGUUACCCACGGCCAAAGUGCAUUUGAACUGGGGUGCUGGGGAGGGGGUUGUAGAGGUGGCCAUAAUGAAGAAACUACCGGCCGAUGUUGUUUUGGGGAAUGACUUGGGCCCGAUGACUUCUGCGUUUCUUCCCCAGGCCCCUUCCCAAGAGGCGCAUCCGGUAACCACCCGGCAACAGGCUCGCACCACGGCAUCCCCCGCACACUCUGAGGCUCAGGUAAGACACCAUGACCCCCCCUUGACCGACAUGACUUGGGACACCCCGACCACAUUUGAAGCUGAGGUUCAGACAGACCCCACACUGCAGGUGUACCGAGAUAGGGUAGACACGGACCAGGUGGGGCGGGAGGGAGAACGGUACGUAUGGGAAAAGAAGUUACUGUACCGGGUGGCGGAACGGGCCAUAGGCAGCUCUGUGACGCUCCAAACCAAGCAGCUAGUAGUACCCCAGAAAUAUAGGCAGGAGUUACUAAGAAUCGCCCAUGACAUCCCUCUGUCCGGCCAUCUAGGGAUGACCCGGACCCGCUAUCGCUUAACGCACGCAUUCUUUUGGCCCGGGAUUUCCAAAGACGUAAGGCAAUAUUGUACCUCCUGUGAUGUGUGCCAGAGGGUAGGCAAAAGGGGGGAUCGCCAUAAGGCAAAACUAUGUCCCCUCCCCAUAAUUGAGGAACCGUUCAGCCGGGUAGCAGUAGAUAUAGUAGGACCACUACCAAAGCCCAGCCCCUCUGGGAAACGGUAUAUCCUGACCGUGGUGGACUACGCCACCCGGUACCCCGAGGCGAUUGCCCUAACUAAUAUCCAUGCGGAGACCGUAGCCGAAGCCUUGAUGAAAAUCUUCUCCCGAGUAGGGUUCCCACAGGAAAUGGUCUCAGAUAGGGGGACCCAAUUCACGGCUGAGGUUACUCAGCAGUUAUGGAGGAUAUGUGGCAUAAAGCCGAUCAUUAACUCCGCGUACCACCCGCAAUCCAAUGGAUUAUGUGAGAGAUUCAACGGUACCCUAAAACAGAUGCUUCGAACAUUCGGAGAGACCCAUAAGGACUGGGAACGAUUCCUUCCCCAUCUGUUGUUCGCAUACAGAGAGGUGCCCCAAGAGUCUACGGGUUUUUCCCCCUUUGAACUAUUGUUUGGGAGAAGGGUCCGGGGGCCGUUGGAUCUCAUUAGGGAGCAUUGGGAGGGAGAGAGUAGUGCAGAUGGGACCCCUAUUGUACCCUACGUGCUGGCGUUCCGGGAUCGCCUGGAGGAAUUGACCCAGGCGGUGCGCACCAACCUCCAGGCCGCCCAACAACGACAGCGUCGUUGGUAUGACAGAGGGGCCAGAGACCGUAGUUUUCAAGUGGGGCAGAAGGUGCUAAUCCUUAAACCAGUCCGCACCGAUAAACUACAGGCCGUCUGGCAGGGCCCAUACCAGGUGGUAGAGCAGAGAUGCGAUACCACCUAUGUGAUCGGCCCAUGCUCCGGAGUAGGGAAGAGACGCAUGCUCCAUGUGAACAUGCUCAAACCCUACCACGAGCGGACGGAGGACGUGGCAGCUAUUUGCACGCCCGCCUCCGAAGAUCAGGAGAACCUGCCCCUUCCCGAUCUGUUAGAGCAGGAGGAGCAGAAGGAACCCUCCCAGGGGGUUCAACUGGGGGAGCGGCUAAGUCCUCAAGAGCGUAUUCAGGUACGAGAACUGAUAGCAGCAAAGAGCGCUACCUUUUCUAAUCUACCUGGGUACACUCCACUAGCCACCCACCGAGUAGAAACCCCGGGACAGCUUCCCAUGCGACAGACUCCAUAUCGGAUUCCUGAAUCCGUGCGGGAACAUAUGAGGAAGGAAAUCGAAGAGAUGUUGCAGUUGGGGGUUAUUGAACACUCAGAUAGCCCCUGGGCAUCGCCGGUAGUCCUGGUUCCCAAGAAAGAUGGUACCACCCGGUUCUGUGUGGACUACCGGAGGUUGAACGACAAAACUGUGUCGGACGCCUACCCGAUGCCUCGGAUAGACGAACUGCUUGAUAGGAUGGCCAGGGGUCAGUAUCUCACUACCAUAGAUUUGUGUAAGGGAUACUGGCAAAUUCCACUAGCCGAGGACGCCAUCCCUAAGUCGGCGUUUGUCACCCCGUUUGGCUUGUACCAAUUUCGAGUCAUGCCAUUCGGGAUGAAGAACGCCCCCGCGACAUUCCAGCGGAUGGUGGAUCGGCUACUGGACGGGUUCCAGGACUAUGCGUGUGCAUAUCUGGACGAUAUUGCCAUCUACAGUCAGACCUGGGCAGAACACCUACAACACAUAGGGGCAGUAAUAGACCGGAUUCGAGAGGCAGGGCUUACCUUGAAACCCAGCAAAUGCCACAUAGGGAUGGCAGAGGUCCAGUACUUAGGACACCGGGUUGGUAGCGGGCAGCAGAAGCCUGAGCCCGCAAAGAUUGAAGCUGUAGCCCAGUGGCCUACCCCUAGGACCAAAACCCAAGUCCUGGCUUUCCUAGGUACCGCAGGGUAUUACAGAAAAUUUGUACCCAACUACAGUGCCCUGGCCAAACCCCUGACUGAUUUGACGAAGAAAAACCUGCCCCGGCAGGUCGUCUGGGCCCCAGAGUGUGAACAGGCAUUCAACCAGCUGAAGACGGCUCUGACCAAUGCCCCUGUACUGGCUGCUCCUGAUCCAACUAAACGUUUUCUUGUUCACACAGACGCCUCAAUGUUUGGAUUGGGAGCAGUACUGAGCCAGGUCGGAGCCGAUGGCGGAGAACACCCCGUAGCCUACUUGAGUCGGAAACUGUUACCCCGAGAAGUGAGCUACGCCGCCAUAGAGAAGGAAUGCCUGGCCGUGGUGUGGGCCCUGAAAAAGUUACAGCCGUAUCUCUAUGGGCAACCCUUUUCUUUGCUCACAGAUCACAACCCGUUGGUGUGGCUAAACCGUGUGGCGGGAGACAAUGCCAGGCUGCUGCGCUGGAGUUUGGCGCUGCAGCCCCUUGACUUUACAAUACACUACCGCCCAGGGAAACAAAACGGUAAUGCCGACGGGUUGUCCAGACAAACAGACCUUGAGAAAUGAUCUGUGAGCACUCCCCCGGACAUCCCCAAGCCGAUCCGUUGGGAUCAGGCUGUGUAUGCCGGCUUGGUUCUGGGGGAGCAUUGUGGCAAACCUAGCCACUUGGACAAUAACCAGAGACUGUGCCUUUAAGGGUUGCCACUAGGUCGGGCGAGAUAUGCGCUGUACACAUAUGUAGAUGUUAAGGUAUUUUCCGUGUUGCCUGUAAUACUGUUUCCGCCGAAUGCAAUUGGCGGUUUUGUAUGGGGAUUUUCUUUCGUUUCACGAACGGCACUUUAGAAAGCCGUUCGUGAACCGAACGCGAUACCCCCUAAUAGCCCACACACUUAGAGGCGUGUGGCGCUAGUUAACCGAUUGCAACAUUGUUGCAAUCGGUUAUUAGAGGCUCUCCUGGGUGGCCGUCGUUCGACUACCGACCAUGCGGCGGUCGGCCAUCUUGGAUCCCUUGUUCGUCAGCGGGUUCGUGUCGUCGAACGCAUACUACUACCAAUAGUUAUUCGACGGCACGAACACCGCUGAGCCUCCCAGACGUUCGGGAGUUUCAGGACCAAGUUCACCCAAAGCAAUCGGUUCCUUUUGUGGGUUUUGUAAGAAAUGUGUUUUCUGUGCGGCGUUCGGUUAAUUUGGCUGGGAUCUGAGCAGCAAUCUCACGAAUGAUGCGCCCAGACCCCAGCUAUCUACCGAACGUCCAUUCGUGUAAAUCCACCGUGUAUUUUAAAAGUUAUGUAUUUUUAUAUGAAUUGCCGGUUCUGCUGCACGAGGGGAUAAUCCCCUUAACGGUGCAUUCUGGGAGGAUGAUCCCUCUCGUGCAGCAGUGCCUGAUGGGAGAAAUAUGUUAUACUGUAAGUCCCCCAUGUAGUCCCCUCUGGGAAUGCCCCUGGGAAGGGACUCAGGAGACCCCUUGCAUGGGGACUUGUAUAAAUUGUCGUGCUGAAUAAAGGAUUGUCAGUUGACUCCCAAAACUGUGUCUCGUCCGGUUAUUGGGAGGUUGGGGAUAUUGCCUUGGUGUUUUCAGCGCUUGACUGUGGAUUCGUUCUGGACCAGCGGAAUUCGUGGAUUUUAUAUUGGCGUUCCGCUACACCGUGGGACCCAGAUAUGUCUUGUCAGGAGGAAAGGAUAGAAGAGGGGAGUAAUGGGCAAAUGUGAAAGCAUAAGGUGGUGCUGAAUACAGUCAUGAGGGCGGAAGCAGGGAGUAUAUAUUGGGGCAGACAGGGGACCAUUAUGUUUUUACUUUUCUUUUUUCUAUUCAUUUUAGUUUAAUUUAACUAAGAUUUGUUCACUUCCUUUUCUUGUUUUUAUAAAUAAUUUUGUUAUUUGGUCUGAAUGCCACAUAUAUUACCAGUGGCGGACUAAGGGAGGGGGCGGUCCGCCUCGGGUGCCACCUUGUAGGGGGGGUGCCUUGACCCUGGUCUUGGGGCUGGAAGGGGCUGUGUGAGCUGUGCCCCAUGGCAGCUGGGGUGUCGCACACUCACACGGAGACCAACAAGCUUAGCUGGCCGCACGGGAGGAAGAAGGGGUGGAGCUACUGCCAUUUAGGGGUGGAGCCUAACAGCGGGGGCAGGGCUUAACACAGCCCUUACAAGCUGCUGUUAAUGCUGCGCCUGGAGGUGCAGCAAGAAGAAAUCCCUGCUCCUCCACCUAACAGGCUCCAGCCAGGGAAGGACUUCAGGCCAGGGAAUCCACUCCUCCAGCCCACACUGUCUGUAAGUAAGAGUGUGUGUCUGUGUGUGUGACUGUCUGCCUGACCCUGUAACUGUGUGUGUGUGUGUGUAUGUGACUGUCUGCCUGUAACUGUGUGUGUGAAUGUCUGUCUGUAACUGUGUGUGUGUGUGUGUGAAUGUCUGUCUGUAACUGUGUGUGUGUGACUGAUUGUCUGUAACUGUGUGACUGUCUGUCUUGUGUGUGUGUCUGUAAUUGUGUGUGUAUAACUGUUUGCCUGUAAAUAUGUGUGUGUGUGUGUAACUGUCUGCCUGUAACUGUGUGUACGUGUGUGUAACUGUGUGUACGUGUGUGUAACUGUCUGUCUGUAAUAGUGUUUGUAAUGGUCUGUCUGUAACUGUAUGUGUGUGUGUGUGUGCAUGCGUAACUGUCUACCUGUCUCUGUGUGUGUGUAUGUAACGGUCUGCCUGUAACUGUGUGUGUGUGGCUGUAACUAUGUAUAAUACUGUCUGCCUGUGACUGUCUUCCUGUAACAGUGUGCAUGACUGUGUGUAACUGCUUGUAACUGACUGUGUGUGUGUGCUUAACUGUCUGCCUGUAAAUAUGUGUGUUUGUGUGUGUAACUGUCUGCCUGUAACUGUGUGUACGUGUGUGUAACUGUCUGCCCGUAACAGUGUGUGUGUGUGUGUGUGUAACGGUCUGCCUGUAACUGUGUGUGUUUGUGUGUGUGUGCAUAACUGUCUACCUGUAACUGUGUGUGUGUGUAUGUAACGGUCUGUCUGUAAGUGUGUGUGUGUGUGUGGCUGUAACUAUGUGUAUUACUUUCUGCCUGUGACUGUAUAUGUGACUGUCUGCCUGUAACACUGUGCGUGACUGUGUGUAACUGCUUGUAACUGACUGUGUGUGUGUAUAACUAUCUGCCUGUAAAUAUGUGUGUGUUUGUGUGUGUAACUGUGUGUACGUGUGUAACUGUCUGCCUGUAACAGUGUGUGUGUGUGUGUGUAACGGUCUGCCUGUAACUGUGUGUGUGUCUGUGCGUAACUGUCUACCUGUAACUGUGUGUGUGUGUAUGUAACUGUUUACCUGUAACUGUGUGUGUGUGGCUGUAACUAUGUGUAUUACUUUCUGCCUGUGACUGUAUAUGUGACUGUCUGCCUGUAACAGUGUGCGUGACUGUGUGUAACUGCUUGUAACUGACUGUGUGUGUGUGUGUAUAACUAUCUGCCUGUAAAUAUGUGUGUGUUUGUGUGUGUAACUGUGUGUACGUGUGUAACUGUCUGCCUGUAACAGUGUGUGUGUGUCUGUGUGUGUAACGGUCUGCCUGUAACUGUGUGUGUGUCUGUGCGUAACUGUCUACCUGUAACUGUGUGUGUGUGUAUGUAACGGUCUACCUGUAACUGUGUGUGUGUGUGGCUGUAACUAUGUGUAUUACUUUAUACCUGUGACUGUAUAUGUGACUGUCUGUAACAGUGUGCGUGACUGUGUGUAACUGACUAUGUGUGUGUGUGUAACUCUCUACCUCUCUACCUGUAACUGUGUGUAUGACUGCCUGUGACUAUAUGUGUGACUGUCUGCAUGUGACUGUGUGCGUGUGACUGUCUGCUUGUACCUGUGUGUGACUGUCUGCCUGUAACUGUGUGUGAGGGAGUGCAGGGAUUUUGUAGAAGGGGCAGGGGUUUGAAAAAGUUUACAAAUUUGUUCAAUACAUUCUCUAGGUACACCCCUGUAUAUUACUGAACAAGAACUGGACGAGAUUGAUAUGUUCAACUAACUAAAAUUGUCUGCCUGAAGAGGUUUACGUCCAUGCCAAACAGUUUGUUGCUGACUACAUAUAUUGUACAACAAUGCAUUGUUACAACUGCGACUUUUCUUAAUAUUUGCCUGUUAAUAUCUUCAGUCAAAUAAUAAUAAAAUACAGAUUUUAAAAAUUAUAAUAAGGGGAAUGGGAGACUUUAGUUAUAACGAAAGUUUAACGAACUCAAAUCUGUUUAGUUUAGAAAAACAGUACCUCAGAUGGGAUAUGAUAUCAUUAUACAAAUAUAUUUGGGGCCAAUACAAACCAUUUCUGGAAAUCUAUUAAUAAACAGGACUAUACAUAGGACACAUUGAAGAAAAGAGAUUUAGUCUAAGGUAAAGGAAAGGGUUUUUUUUUACAGUAAGAACAAUAACGAUGUGGAAUUCUCUGCCUGAAUAAGUGGUCUCAUCAUAGUCUGUACAGAUGUUUAAACAGCAACUGGACAAAUGUUUAAACAGCAACUACUUGUGAAAACAUAAUAUUCAGGGACAUCAUUUUUAGUAUGUGGGGUAAAAGCUUGUUGAUUCAAGGAGAGUUCUGACUAACAUUCUAACAUUCUGGGGUUGAGAAGGAUUUUUUUUUCAUAGUUUGUUGCAAAAUUAAAAAAGGACUUUGAUUUUUUGCCUUCUUUUGAAUACACAGCAAAAAUAGAUGUGAGAAAGACUGAACUUGAUGGACGCAUGUCUCUUUUCAGUCUUUUUAACUAUAUGAAAGGGGAAUUUUAAAAUUUUAUUCUAUAAUAUGAGUUUAUACUAUAGAAUAAAAUAAAUUUGGAAAUUCCCCUGUCAUAAAGUUAAAAAGACUGAAAAGAAAAAGUCUUUAGCACAGCUAUUUUUCCAUCUGAGCUAUUUUGGCCCAAAAUUUGCAAUUCUCUGAUUAUUUCUCUACAUUUAUUUUCUUAUGUCAGUAAUUCUCAUGAUUAUUUAUUAAACUGAGAAUUAUCUGUAAUUGAAAGUGAAGUUAAAAUUUAAGGCCAAAAUAACUGAAUUGGUAAAAAAACAAAAAACCUCUCCCUGAUAACCAUGCUUUCAGUUCAGCCAUUUCUAUCUAUAAUUUUAUAUUCCCUUUGAAUUCCCGUCAAUUCUCACUUUAGUAAAAAAACACUGUGUUCCUUGAAUAAACAACAUAAGACAUUUCUUGCGUUUCAUAUUUACAAUAAUGCUGCUUUGAUAACAAUGACUGCAUUGGUGGUUGUGUCCAGUGACUCUAUGCUACAAUUCCACACUUAACUUGUUUCUCCAUGCAAUACUUCAGUGAUUUGAAGUGGCCAUGUAUGGAAUUGCUCCCAUUUAAGGUCAUUUGGUGCCAUCGGUGUAACUCCACCUUUGGCAGUGCCAUUAGACAGCCCGAAACAACUGGGCUAGCUAAUGUCAGUUCUGUGCAUAUUUGACAUCUUUAUCAGCACUCAUAGGUUGAUGGCGACACACCACUAACCACUUCUCCUCACAAUGUCCUCCCUGACUUUCCUACCUCUGCUAUGAUGUCAACAAUAGAGGAUCGGGCUGCAGGGAAAACUUGGACUCGGCACAUUAUAAAAUUGUGAGUUUAUUCUUUCUUCUUUCUUUUUUUUUUUUUAAAACAAUACUUUAUUUGAUUGGAGUAACUCUUUAAUGUGCCAUCAUCGUGACAUCACAUCUAACUUAAAAGUGAAAAUUGGGACAUACAGAGUGUCCUAGUAGCUGUCCUCUGCUAAAGUCUGGGAUAGCAGGAAAACCAAAUUUGUAUCUCAGGCUACACUAAGCACAAAAUCUGCUAACACCCUUGACUUAAACUGUUACAAAAUCUCACUUACUGGCUCAGUGAGCAUGUCAGCUCCAGGGGGAAACACUGAAAUCUUUUCUGACAUUAAAGAUUCCCAGUCUUUGAUCUUCUGGGUGAGAUUUCCCCAAGUAUUGUGAAAUCAUCAUCAGUGACCCAUGAUAAAUUCACAGUUCGAGCAAAAAACUGAACUUAACCUUUUUCGGUUGAAUGAACCUUUUUGCUAAAUGAGUUUAACCUUUCUUGAUAAUGUCAAUGCUUCUGUUACAUUGGAGCAGGACAUUUGUAAACAGUUAUGUUGGAACGUUUACAAUGACAGAUGCAGAUGUUAAGAACCCCAUGAUAAAUAAGAAACCACUGGUCUCAAGGCUGAUGAACUUAGAAAUAUACUUUAUUAUAUUUAUAUAAUAACUAAAUAUAUUUUAUUAUACAACUACAUGCUUUACUUUGUUUUGCCAAAUUAUUACUAUUUAUAAAGCGCCAAAAAAUUCCAUAGCGCUGUACAAUGGGUGGACGAACAGACAUGUAGAUGUAACCAGACAAGUUAGACACACAGGAACAGAAGGAUUGAGGGCCCUGCUCAAUGAGCUUACAUUCUAGAGGGAGUGGGGUAUAGUGACACAAAAGGAAAGAAACAAAUGAAAUACAACAGAACAACAAUCUCUAAUAUAUUUAGUACUAAUCACACUGUUAAUAUUCAGAAAAGACUUGUACACGUUGGAUGUGCACUAAUGAAGUAGAUAUAAAAUUAGAUAUAAAAAAAAAAAUUGCUACUUUUUACAUUUAGCACUAGUAGUAAUUUACUAAUUAAGUAGUAAAUUGACAUUCGGUUUCAUAACUGCGCAAACAUAUUCAUAAAGUAGAACCAUAUUAGCAUUUAGCAUGUUGACUAACCAAACAUUAAAAUUACACAAUCAUGUGUUCUUUAAUUGUGCCAUUUUCUGAUUUAAGUGAUAUUUAUCAGGCACAUAAAUGUAUUCAUUAUUACUGGAGUAGUGCAAUUUUAUUUUCUGCCUGAGCUUUGGUCAGUUAAAGCUUCAAAGUGCCAUAACUACUGCUUGAUGUCAUAGUUCUUCUGGAGCUAGUAGCAGUGAUGUAUUUUAAAAUGGUGCUGCCCUAGGCAUGACAGAUCUCGGGCACCCUCUAAUUUAAAUUUAUCUGCCCCUUCCUGCCAAGGUCACACCUUUUCAUGUUAACUAACACACAUUUUGACUGACAGACACACAGUCACGGAUCAGCACACACUCCUUCCUGUUGAACUUAGAACCCUAUGUUUCAGUCAAAUCUCUCACAAAAUGUUGACCUAAAAAUAGGGCGUGGCGCCCCCAGAUACCCAAGGCAUUUGCCUUGGGCGGUACUUUCCAAAUGCCCAGGCUAAUUUCUUGUUAACCUCGUUUUAUAUGGGGGCCCAAGAGCUGGCCGGCUGGCCACAUUUGGGCCCCCACAGGGCAGGCAGCCUGUUGUUUCCUGGGCAGGUGGCCCGCAGUGAUGUUGGGAGCGGAAUAUGACAUCAUUCCGACUCCAAGCAUCACUCUGCGGCACGUAAGGGAGCUGAGCAGGGAGAUCACAGCUCCCUCGCUGACAGCUAAGCGUGGCCGCCCGUCCGCACAUCCACCCGCCUUCCUGAAACUGAAAUAUCAGAAGCCGAAUGCUGCUGGGGACCUAAGGAUCUUUGGGGUACAACCAGUCAAGAACGGUUAACACCUUGAAGUAAGAGUGCACCCAGGGUCCACCUGGCACCAUAACAACUUGAUUUAGAUUAAGUUGUUCUUUAAAACAAUCUCUACUUUCUUUGUUAGUGUGGCGAAGAAAGUGGAGUUUGUCUUAAACACUAUCCUUUGUAAAGAUUUGGCAGGUGUAAGAAAAAUACAUAAGACAAAAUAGCCCCUUACUCUUAUGUUUUAAAGAGAAACUGAGCAGUAAUUAAGAAAAGAAGAACAGAUUCUGAAAGAGGAAGAGAAGAGGAAACAAUAGGAUAAAGGUGUAACGGAUCGCCUGGCACCCCGACUGGGUACCUCCAUUGAAGGAUGCUCCUAGCGCUUCCUGAGGACUCCAAGCACUCUGGCAGACACCACAAUCACCGAACCGGAGAAACAAAUAAAUUCUCCCAAGCAUAUGAAUGGGAACCAUACGAAUAGGUUUACUCUCCUAGCAGUCAAACUGUAACGGCAUACAAUAAAUCCUUCCCCCAAUAAUGAGACAUCACUUCACUUUAAGGGUUAAACAGGAACUCCUGUGCUUUCACAUACAGGACCGCCCACAGGGAGGUAUAAAACAACCAAUCACAUAUCAGUUACAUCCCACAUAUUCCCUCCCCUUAUCCUGAGAGGAAACUCAAUUACACAUACAGUUAAAACAUACUUUCUACCCAACUUUCAUAACUUUAAAACCAUACAUCACAUUCACAUAAAAUUACAUAUUCACAAUCAAUCCAUUCAGGGGAACAACAUAUUAAAAAUGGCAUGAAUCCGACCAGGGGUUCAAAAGUUAGUAAAAGUAUAUUUUGGGCCCUGGCUGGCACAUGGCUAUCUGGCUCAAACAGGUUUUACAGAGCCCUCUAUCCUGGAGACAAUGGGGGAAAGUAAUCCAAUUAUCCAGGGAUAGAGGCAGACUCCAUUGAGCACAUGGUUGCAAAAAGACAUAAAACACUUUAAAAUACAUAAAGUCACCUUUUACACAUAACACACAGACACAGAACUGAGCGCUCAAAACUACCGAAUAGCACUCAGAUCCUAUUCACACAGUUCUAUUGCCAUGGAGCCGAAGUCUUUAACUACACGAAUGAGCUCCAAGGCAUAGCUAUCUGGGUUAACACAUUCACAUAAAGUCUGGUCCAUAGUCCAAAGGCAAGAGGCGGGCAAGCAGCCCCCUCCAAGGACACGUGGCGAGGACGGUUCCACCACAUUUCUCCCCUUUACCAUCCAGACUAACAGGAUAUCUGACCUCCUGCCGGUCAGUGCCCUGGUUAGUCCAGCAACCCACCCACGAAGCACAAACAGCAAUACAGCCCACCCACAAUAACUGGUUACUACACCUGGAUAAAAUAGCAACUUGUCCAUGUCCAGGUGCCUCACCACGGCUGUGCGGGGGGCUGGUAGACUGCCUUGGUGGGUUGCUGAGUGGGCAGAGACCAGCGGUACUCUGCCCGGGUGCCAGCGCUACCACUGAAGUAGCCUGGUUGGAGCCUGGUUGUGGGAGGGGGAGACCGACUGUCUCCCCUCUAGAUACACUGCUCUGUGGCUGGGGGACAGGACCGACCGUCCCUACCCCUGGUGCUGCAAGUGCAGAGACUACGGUCCCAUCUGCAUAGUUGUGGGGCUUAACAUCUCCCCUUGGUGGGUUAGGCUGCCGCUGGAGAGAGGGUGUAACAAGCUCCUCUCUCUGAACUGUAGACUGCCGCUGGGGAGAGGGGGUAACCUGCUCCUCUCCCUGACACUCUCUUUGCUGGUGGAGAGGGGGACCAACUGUCUCCCCUUUCAAUAUUUUGUCCUGCGGCUGGGGUGCGAGACAGACGGUCUCUGCUUCCUGGGGUACACACUGCCGCUGGGGAGGGAGGACGGCACCUUUGGCUCCCUGGGACUCACCCUGCCGCUGGGGAGGAAGGACAGCACCUUCUGCUCCCUGGGGUACACACUGCCGCUGGGGAGGGGAGACGAGGUUCUCCACUCCCUGCACUUCACCCUGCCGCUGGGGAUCUGGCCCGACUGCCCAGCAUCCCUGUAGGGCCGGUAGAGAGCAAAAAGACAUAAAACACUUUAAAAUACAUAAAGUCACCUUUUACACAUAACACACAGACACAGAUCUGAGCGCUCAAAACUACCGAAUAGCGCUCAGAUCCUAUUCACAGUUCAAUUGCCAUGGAGCCGAAGUCUUUAACUACACGAAUGGGCUCCAUGGCAUAGCUAUCUAGGUUAACACAUUCACAUAAAGUCUGGUCCAUAGUCCAAAGGCAAGAGGCGGGCAAGCAGCCCCCUCCAAGGACACGUGGCGAGGUCAGUUUCGCCACAAAAGGUAUAUUUGAAAUGACAAAGCCACUUUAAAUAAAGAUAAUUAGAUGUAACAUUUUGUAUUGCAAAUCAUUUCUUAUUUUUUUUAAAUGUUAUUUAUUAUAAAAAGUUUUUUUUCAUUUUCUUACUUUGGACAACAUAUACAUGUAGACAAAAAAAAAAAAGUAAACAAAAAAUUACAUUAACAGCAAUUACCAGGUAAUUGGGAAAAUAUUAUCAAAUCAGAAAUAUCCCUUAAACGUUUAGUAGAAUUUCCCAAAAAAGUACCAUUUUAUAUAUCAUCAUAACAGUGCAAAUUUACAGAUCUAAAACUUGGUCAGUUCAAUAGAGGUCUAUUUCAUGGUCAGUCUAGUAGUAGGAUGUUUUAACAAUUUUCAACCAAAUCCUAUUUUUCAGUUAAUCACUUCCUAGAACUUCCAGCCUUUUUUUAUAAUGUUCUUGUUUAUUUAAGGAGUAUAGAAAGGAUCCGUGCAGAUCCUUUUCCAUACAAAGUUGAAAUGAAAAUUGGUUUAUUAAGUGCCUCCUCUGGAAGGGAAGAUUUGAUUUCCAUUGUCUAGCUAUGAUAAUUUUAGUUGCUAAGAAACAGUGCAUAACAAGCAGGGCCAGAUUAAGAGCCCAGUGGGCCUGGUGCUGACAAUUAUGAUGGGCCUAAUUACAGAAUCAUAUCGACCAAAAACAGUGAAUCACUCCCAAGCGUCAUGUAUCUGAUGGAGAUGGUGCUGGAGAGAAAGAAAAAACAGCAGCUAUAAGAAAACACAUACCAUAGGCUAAUCUCUCUCUAAUUUAUGUUUUCAUCUUUUAAGUAAAUCCAUAACCCCUAACAGCAGUGUCCAGUCAAGCAGGAAGUCAAUGGGCGGGGUAAAAGGGUGUGCCACAGACACAAAUCACGUAACCUGCCAAAAAGGGCGAACAUGCCCAAAAAGAGGAUAUGUCUGCCCAAAUAAUUAGAAGGCCAGCCUGGUAUGAAUGCAUGUCAGACUGCCUGCCAAUCAUGCAGCUAGCCAACUAAGGGCAUACUAUGCAGACAGCACCCUGAGCUUGGCAUAAAUGCAUCUAAUGAUGCGCUCGCUCAACGCUUUCUAAGGACUGUCCCCUAGCACUUGCUGGUCCACUUGUCUCCUUACCUUCUUACUAGCAGGCAGAAGCUCCUGGUAUAUAGUUUGGGACAGAAAAAAGCCGUAUGUAGUGAGUGUAGAAGAAAAGGAACAUGCCACAGUGUUAGAGAGACCAAAGUCAGCAUUACCUUAAAGGAUCACUAUAGGGUCUGGAACACAAACAUGAAUUCAUGAACCUAUAGUGUUAACAGCACCAUCUAGCCCCCCCUGGGCCCCUCAUACCUCCAUAAAUAUAGCAAAAUCUUACUGUAUUCAAGCCUGGAGCUGUAACUCUGCAUGCUGUUAUACUCAGGAAAACAAGCAGUCUGCUGACAUCAUUAGAAGUGGUGGCCUAAUCCAAUUACAGUGCUUCCCCAUAGGAUUGGCUGAGACUGACAAAGAGGCAGAUCAGGGGCAGAGCCAGCAUGAUUCAAACACAGCCCUGGCCAAUCAGCAUCUCCUCAUAGAGAUGAAUUGAAUCAAUGAAUCUCUAUCAGGAAAGUUCAGUGUCUGCAUGCAGAGGGAGGAGACACUGAAUGUUUGGAUGCAUUUUAGGCAGCCAUGACCCAGGAAGGAUCUUAAACGGCCAUCUAAGGAGUGGCCAGUGAAGUUAUCACUAGGCUGUAAUGUAAAGACUAAAAAGAAAUGCACCUUAUACACACACUUAUAUACAAGGAUACUUAUCAGUGGUUAGUGAAUGCAGCCUCCCUCAGAUCGCUCCCAGCCAGCAAUCAACUUGAACACAAGAAUAUACAAAACACAACGAGGGAACCGGCUGAUUAUCUAAAUGAAGAUAAAUAAAAGAGGUAUAGUGUAAUACAGUUUUACAAUAUUAACACUGCGCAAUAUAAAAUGCACUCACAGGAUAUUGGACAGUUCAGGCAUAUAUGGUGCCACCCCUGAUGAUAUGGGGGGCUAGAGAAAUCCCCUGGACACUUCCACUCAAUGUAAAGACUGCAUUUUCUCUGAAAAGACAGUGUUUACAGCAAAAAGCCUGAAGGUAAUGAUUCUACUCACCAGAACAAAUUCAAUAAGCUGUAGUUCUUCUGGUGACUAUAGUGUCCCUUUAACUAUAUUCAUUGUCAGCCAGUCCACACAAGUUUUGUUCCCAUACAUCCCUCUUAAGUUUCCAUACUUAAGUAAGAGUAUGUGAAAUGUAGUUAGGGUUGCCACCUUUCUUGGAAAAACAUACCGGCCUUGCUAAUUUGCAUAAUUAAAUAUGUAUGGGUGACAUCACAUGAUGUAAAUCACAAGGAGUGAUAUAAGAGAAAAUCACCAAAAACUACUUAGUUUGAUUCUGCUGUAUAGAUGGAUUCCUCCCAGUGCCCCCAUGUGUCGAUUACUCCAGGUCUCAGUGUUCCUAUGUAUCAGUGUCUCAGUGCCCCAUGUUUCCCAGUGUCCCCUAGUGUCGUGUCCCCAAGUCUCCCAGUGAUCCUAUGUAUCACAGUGUCUCAAUGCCCCAUGUCUCCCUGUGUCCCCAUGUAUCCAAGGGUCCCCAUGUCACUAGGAAGACGGGAAGACCUGGGGACACAGGGAGACCUACUGACACGGAGACACCAGUGACACUGGGAAACUCGGGGACUCUGGCUGGGACGCAUGGGGACACUGGGAAAAUAGGGGACACUUGAAGACAUGGGGACAUAGACACCAAGGACACAGACACUAAAGACACUGACUGGGAGACAUGGGGACAAGGAGACACCAGGGCCACAGACACUAGGGACAUUAGCUUGGAGACAUGGGAACAUUGAGACAUGGAGGCACUGGGAGACAUGGAGGCACUAGGAGACAUGGGGACAGUGAGACACUGGCAGACUGGGGGCACUGGGAGACUAAGGGGCACUGAGACACCAGGUACACUGGCUGGGAGACAUGGGGAUACUGUGUCCCCAUGUGUGUGUGUCAUAAUGUCUCCCAAUGUCCCUUAGUGUCUGCCAUAAUGUCUCCCAGUGUCCCUUAGUGUCUCAGUGUCUGCCAUAACGUCUCCCGAUGUCCCUUAGUGUCUCUGUGUCUGCCAUAAUGUCUCCCAGUGUCCCUUAGUGUCUGCCAUAAUGUUUCCCAAUGUCCCUUAGUGUCUCAGUGUCUGCCAUAAUGUCUCCCAGUGUCCCUUAGUGUCUCAGUGUCUGCCAUAAUGUCUCCCAGUGUCCCUUAGUGUCUCAGUGUCUGCCAUAAUGUCUCCCAGUGUCCCUUAGUGUCUCAGUGUCUGCCAUAAUGUCUCCCAGUGUCCCUUGGUGUCUCAGUGUCUGCCAUAUUGUCUCCCAAUGUCCCUUGGUGUCUCAGUGUCUGCCAUAAUGUCUCCCAAUGUCCCUUAGUGUCUCAGUGUCUGCCAUAAUGUCUCCCAAUGUCCCUUAGUGUCUCAGUGUCUGUGUCAUAAUGUCUCCCAAUGUUCCUUAGUGUCUCAGUGUCUGCCAUAAUGUCUCCCAAUGUUCCUUAGUGUCUCAGUGUCUGCCAUAAUGUCUCCCAGUGCCCCUUAGUGUCUCAGUGUCUGCCAUAAAGUCUCCCAGUGUCCCUUAGUGUCUCAUUGUGUGCAAUAAUAUCUCCCAAUGUCCCUUAGUGUCUCAGUGUCUGCCAUAAUGUCUCCCAAUGUCCCUUAGUGUCUCAGUAUCUGCCAUAAUGUCUCCCAAUGUCCCUUAGUGUCUCAGUGUCUGCCAUAAUGUCUCCCAGUGCCCCUUAGUGUCACAGUGUCUGCCAUGUCUCCCAAUGUCCCUUAGUGUCUCAGUGUCUGCCAUAAUGUCUCCUAGUGUCCCUUAGUGUCUCAGUGUCUGCCAUAAUGUCUCCCAGUGUCCCUUAGUGUCUCAGUGUCUGCCAUAAUGUCUCCCAGUGUCCCUUAGUGUCUCGGUGUCUGCCAUAAUGUCUCCCAGUGUCCCUUAGUGUCUCAGUGUCUGCCAUAAUGUCUCCCAGUGCCCCUUAGUGUCUCGGUGUCUGCCAUAAUGUCUCCCAGUGUCCCUUAGUGUCUCGGUGUCUGCCAUAAUGUCUCCCAGUGUCCCUUAGUGUCUCAGUGUCUGCCAUAAUGUCUCCCAGUGUCCCUUAGUGUCUCAGUGUCUGCCAUAAUGUCUCCCAGUGUCCCUUAGUGUCUCAGUGUCUGCCAUAAUGUCUCCCAGUGUCCCUUAGUGUCUCGGUGUCUGCCAUAAUGUCUCCCAGUGCCCCUUAGUGUCUCAGUGUCUGCCAUAAUGUCUCCCAAUGUCCCUUAGUGUCUCAGUGUAUGUCUCCUUGCAGUCUUUCCCUCCAUCCCUUACUUCCCUGAGCUGUAGGCUGUCUCUGCAGGGUGGGAGUUGCUGUCUGGACUCUCUGUAGCUGCUCCCCUGCAGAUCAGUGAGUAGAGAGAGGCAGGGAGGGAUAUGCUGGAACUUCCUAUCCCUGCCUCUCUCCACAUACACAGCGACCUACUGGCCAGUGCUGUUAUUGCAGAGUAAUCUCUAGUUUAUACUGAGAAAAAUACCAGCAUUUGUAUUGCCAGUAUCACUGCAAUAUUGGCACCAGCCAGGCAGCCUCAAAUACUGGCUGUGUCAAUAAAAUAAAAGCCAGGUGGAAUCCCUAAGAGUAGUGUGUGGAGAAAAAAAAAAUUUUUUUUUUUUUUUUAUAAGUCAAUGGGCCUAUUCCAUGGGCCUGGGCCUGGAGCUGCAGCUCCAUCAGCCCCUAUGUUAAUCCGGCCCUGAUAAAAAGGCAUUUUGAUGAAGUGGAAGAUAAAUCCCAAUUUAGAUGUAAUAGGGCUGUCUCUGGUCCUAUAUUUAUGUUUAUUUUUAAAAGGGAUUUGAGUAAGUCGUAGGCCCACGACCAUAACGGUUUUUACCAAUUUACAAUACCACCAUAUGUGUAAGAAGGAUCCAUCUAGACAACCACACCGCCAACAAUGCGGGUUCUGAUCUGGAUACAACUUAGAGAUCUUAUAUGGCGUCAAAAACCAUGUAUACAUGAUCUUAUAUUGGCAUUGUAUUAAAUUCAAGCAGUGUAUACAUUUUCGUAUUUCCUUAAGGGUACAACACCAUUCAUUGCCGCUUAUAUCUAGAGGAAGAUGGCUUUUGACUUCGUUGCUGUUUUCCUACAUCGCUCUAUUAUCGCUUCUGUGUGGUGUAUAUGUGUGAUUCCUGCGUGCAACCAUUUUUGUAUGUGAAUGUCUGGCGAGAUUGUCCUUAAAGGACCACUAUAGUGCCAGGAAAACAUACUUGUUUUCCUGGCACUAUAGUGCCCUGAGGGUGCCCCCACCCUCAGGGUCCCCCUCCUGCCCGGCUCUGGGGAGAGGAAAGGGUUAAAACUUACCUUUUUUCCAGCGCCGGGCGGGGAGCUCUCCUCCUCCUCUCCGCCUCUUCUCCUCCCCUUCUGCUGAAUGCGCACGCGCGGCAGGAGCUGCGCGCGCAUUCAGCCGGUCUCAUAGGAAAGCAUUUACAAUGCUUUCCUAUGGACGCUUGCGUGUUCUCACUGUGAUUUUCACAGUGAGAAUCACGCAAGCGCCUCUAGCGGCUGUCAAUGAGACAGCCACUAGAGGAUUUGGAGGCUGGAUUAACCCUAUUAUAAACAUAGCAGUUUCUCUGAAACUGCUAUGUUUAUAAAAAAAAAGUGUUAAUCCUAGAGGGACCUGGCACCCAGAUCACUUCAUUAAGCUAAAGUGGUCUGGGUGCCUAGAGUGGUCCUUUAAGGCUGUCAAUGUUGCCUUAGGGUGGAAAGUAUGCUUGGUUCCUAGGGUCUCUAAGAAGGUUGUCCAAACUUGGAGGGUACAUUUUGUAGUAGGGAGUAGGUCGGCUCUGGGUGGCCUAAGUUUUCUUGGGGUCCACAUGUAGUCUAGUGUAGUGUUUUCUCGGAAUUGGGCUUUUUCCAUGUCAACCCAUUGGAUAUUCCCUACUGGGGUAUGCAGUAAUAUUCCCGCUGUCAAGGCAGAGGCUUUGUGAUAUAGGCCUAUGUUAGGUAGUCCCAUGCCUUCUUGUGAUGAGUGUUUCUGUAAUAUAGUAUGUGGUAUGCGUGGUCUCUUACUUCCUCAGAUAUACCUAUUGCAUAUAGUUUGGAGGGAUUUGAUGAGUGUUUGCGGGAUCUGAAAGGGAAGCACCAUUUUAUAUGCGUUGAUUUUCCCAAGCCAUGAGAUGUUUGUCUGUGUCCAUUUAUGAACUUCUUUUGUACAUUGUUGUGGGAGGGUGCAGUGAUUGAGUUUUGUUAUCUCGGCUAUUGAGGGAGCUAUUUUUACCCCCAAGUAUGUCAGGGAGGACGUUCUACAAUCGAACUAGAAUUUUUCUUUUAGUGAGGCUUUAGUGGUUGUGGGGAGUCUAACAGGUAGAGCUUGGGUCUUGUCUUGGUUUAGGCAGUAGUGUAAUAUAUCGCCAAACUCUGUUAGGGUCUCCAUAAGGUGUGGCACCGACGUUUGAGGGUUUCCUAGCGUCACUAGGAUAUCAUUGGCGAAUAGUGCCAAUUUGUAUUCAUGUGCUAGGACUUUUAUGCCCUCUAUGUCAGGGUGGGAGCGUAUUUUUGGGGCUUGAGGUUCUAGGGAGAGGAUGUAGAGUAAGGGAGACAGGGGGCAACCCUGUCGAGUCCCAUUUUUUAUCGGGAAUGUGUUGGAGAGGAAGCCUCCAUGUGAAACCCUGGCCGCUGGUGCUGCGUAUAAUGCCAUGAUACCUCUAAUGAAAUAUGGACUACCCCCUGAAAUUAUUAGAGGUAUCAUGGCAUUAUACGCAGCACCAGCGGCCAGGGUUUCACAUGGAGGCUUCCUCUCCAACACAUUCCCGAUAAAAAAUGGGACUCGACAGGGUUACAACGGAUUGGUCAUUGUGCACUAAGCUGUUUAAUACGGGUGUAUGUUGGUUGCUAAUUAUUUUUGCUUAUAAUUUGGGGUUGCUAUUUAGGAGGGAUAUGGGCCUGAAAUAUUUACAUACAGUAGGGGGCUUACCAGGUUUGGGCAAGGUGGAAAUGUGGGCUAAGAGCAUCUCUGCUGGUAACACUCCCUUUUCCAUGCUAUGUUGGAAGAGAUUCGUUAGAUGUGGUGUUAGUAGUCUGGAGAACUCUUUGUAGUAUCGGUUCGGUAGGCCAUCGGGUCCCAGUGAUUUGUUUGGGGGGAGGUCUGCUAUAGCUUUGGUUAUCUCUUCAGGGGUUAGUGGUUGCUAAAGUUGUUUAACUUCAUCUGCUGAAAGGGAAGGUAGUUGGAUAUCCGUUAAAUAUCUAUUCAUAUCCUCGUGUGUAGGAACCUUCACCUCCCCUCCCUUUCCCAAAUUAUACAGUUUGUGAUAAUAGUCUGAGAACUCAUUUACGAUUUUUUUUUGCGUCUAUGAUUUUCUGACCUUUGCUAUUGUUUAGGAAGGCAAUCCUGGAGGCGGCUGAUCUUUGUUUAAGUUGCAAAGCCAAUUUUGCUCCUGCUCUAUUGCCAUAUGCAAAGAAUUUGUGUUUGGCUUUUUGCAGUAAGUAUGUGGUUUUGGCUAGUUCGAAGUCUCAUAGUUCGGAGUGUGCCUGGAGUAGGGCAGCUUGUAUGUUAGGCGACGACGUAUGUUUAUUUCUGUGUGUAAGCGAUGUUGUCUGUAAUGAUUUGUAGAUAUUGUGCCUGGUGUGUUUUCUUGGCCUUGCUCGCGUGUUUUAUGAAGCUGCCUCUUAUCACCGCUUUAUGUGCUAACCAAAUGAAAUCUGGUGUUGUGUUAUUUUGUACGUUUUCUGCAAAAUAGUGUUGGUGGUCUGUUGUGAUUUGGGAGACUACUACCGGAUCAUUGAGUAGGGACUCAUUCAGUAUUCAAGCGGUGCGACCAGUUGAGGGGAAUUAUUCUGAUAGUGUCAGCGUGAUAGGCAGGGCCGGCGCGUCCAUAAGGCGGCACAGGCGGCCGCCUUAGGGCCCGCAGGCUCUGGGGGCGCAAUAUUUCAGUGACCGGCAGGAGGGAAGCACUCCCUCCUGCCAGGCCACCAUCUCGACACCCGGCGCAGCAGUGCUGUGAUCAGACGCAGCAAGGGAGCUCUAACCUCUCUGCUCCCUCGCGUGCUGUCUGCUGAUGCAGCGGGAGCCGGACUAUGACGUCAUCCCGCAGCAUCAGUAGGCAGCCCGCGAGGGAGCAGAGGGUGGAGAUUAGAGCUCCCUCGCCGCGCCUGAUCACAGCACUGCCGCGCGCCUCUCAGCAGCCCCAGCCCUCAGGGACCGAUCCAUCAUCCACACCAGCUCUCCAGGUAGGGAGGCUGGGUGGAAAAUGUGUAUUUAUAAAAUAAUUAGUGAAUGUAUGUGAUGUGUGAGUGACUGAGCGUGUGUGUCUGUGAGUGAGUGUGUGUCUGUGAGUGACAGUGUGUGUGAGUGACAACGUGUGUGUGUGUGUCUGUGAGCGACUGUGUGUUUGAGUGACAGAGUGUGUGUGUCUGUGAGUGACUGAGCGUGUGUGUCUGUGAGUGACUGUGUGUGUGUCUGAGUGACUAAGGGUGUGUCUGUGAGUGACAGUGUGUGUGAGUGACAAAGUGUGUGUGUCUGUGAGUGACUGUGUGUUUGAGUGACAGAGUGUGUGUGUCUGUUAGUGACUGAGCGUGUGUGUCUGUGAGUGACUGAGCGUGUGUGUCUGUGAGUGACUGUGUGUGUGAGUGACAGAGUGUGUGUGUCUGUGAGUGACUGUGUGUGUGAGUGACAGAGUGUGUGUGUCUGUGAGUGACUGUGUGUGUGAGUGACAGAGUGUGUGUGUCUGUGAGUGACUGAGCGUGUGUGUCUGUGAGUGUGUGUGUUUGAGUGACUGAGCGUGUGUCUGUGAGUGACAGUGUGUGUGAGUGACAAAGUGUGUGUGUCUGUGAGUGACUGUGUGUUUGAGUGACAGAGUGUGUGUGUCUGUGAGUGACUGAGCGUGUGUGUAUGUGAGUGACUGUGUGUGUGAGUGACAGAGUGUGUGUGUCUGUGAGUGAUUGAUCGUGUGUGUCUGUGAGUGACUGUGUGUGUGAGUGACAGAUGGGUGUGUCUGUGAGUGACUGUGUGUGUGAGUGACAGAGUGUGUGUGUCUGUGAGUGACUGAGCAUGUGUCUGUGAGUGAGUGUGUGUGUCUGCGUGAUUGAGCGUGUGUCUGUGAGUGACAGUGUGUGUGAGUGACAGAGUGUGUGUGUCUGUGAGUGACAGAGCGUCUGUGUGUGUGUCUGUGAGUGACAGAGUGUGUGUCUGUGAGUGAUUGUGCGUCUGUGUGUGUCUGUGAGUGACAGCGUGUAUCUGUGAGUAACUGAGUGUGUGUGUGUGUGAGUGACUGAGUGUGUGUGUGUGUGAGUGAGUGCGUCUGUGUGUGUGUGUCUGUGAGUGAUUGUAUGAGUGUGUCUGUGAGUGAUUGUAUGAGUGUGUCUGCAUGUGAGUAUAUGAGUGUGUCUGUCAGUGUAUGAUGAGUGUGUUUGUCAGUGUAUGAGUGUGUGUCUGUCAAAUCAGUGAGAGUAUGUUUGUCAUUGAGUCUGUGUGUGACUAUCAGUGUGUCUGUCAAUGAGUGUCAAUCAGUGUGGGUCUGUCAGUGUCAAUGAAUGAGUAUGUGACAAAUCAAUGAGUCUGUGUCUGUCAGUGACGUCUGUGUGUUUGUCAUUGAGUGUGUGACUGUCAGUGUGUACAGAGUGUAGCGGAGCAGAGCGCGGUACAGGAGCUUCUGUUUCCUGUACCUGGCCAGACUGACAGGAGGUGCUCAAAGAGAGAGCACUCCCUGUCAGUCCGGCCGGGUACAGAAAACUGAAGCUCCUUUAGGGGAUCUGCUCCGCUCGGCAAUGCAACAAUAGAGGUAGUAGGCACACCAGGAAGGGGAGUGUGACCACUAAAGGGGUGUGGGGUGCACCAAGGGACAGGGAGGGAAUGGGAGAGAAACACCAAGAGACAGGGAAAAGGGGGGGGGAGAAGAACACUAAGGGACAGGGAAGGGAAGGGACUACUAAUGGUCAGGGAGGGGAGAGGGGCUGGUUAAGAGGCACAUAGGUGAAGAUGUUUUUUUUUGAGGGGGGGGGCGGAAAAAUGCAUCUUCGCCUAUGUACCUAAAAAUCCAAGCACCGGCCCUGGUGAUAGGGGCAUGGUCAGACCAUGUGAUAACGCCAAUGUCUGUGUGUGAUACUUUCUCUAGGGAUGUGGUUUUGAUUAGAAAUCUAUCUAUCCUGGAGUAACUGUGCUGCUGUAUAGCAGGUGUAGUCGAUUUCCGUCGGGUGCGAGAUCCUCCAUGGGUCUACAUAGUUGUGUGCCAUUAAUGUAUGGCGAAUGUUGGCUGUCUGUGUAUGUCAUUUUUUUUAAGUUGUUGUAUUUACCGUUCCAGAAGCGGAUGAGUCUAUAUUUACGUCUAAGAGAAAAUUAGUAUCGCCUCCAAUGAGUACCUCCCUAAAACUGUACAUUGACAAGAGAGAGAAGACAUUAGCAAUAAACACAGUUUGAUUUUCAUUAGGGCUAUAGACGUUCAUUAAUGUAUACGGUUGGUUGUUAAUGUGACAUUGUAUGAUAAGGUAUCUGCCUUUUUUGUCUCCAAUUUUACGUAUUAAUUCAAAGGCAACAGUUUUGCUUAUUAAUGUUGACACUCCUCUUUUUUUUAUAUCAUAGCCUGUAUGGUAAUCUACCGGGAACCAAGGGAAAUUAAAUCUGGAUUUGAACCCCCAUUUAAAAUGGGUUUCUUGGAAGAAUGCCACAUGUGCACCCUGUCUCUUAGCUUCUCGUAGAGUUGGUCUACGCUUGUUAGGUGAAUUCAGCCCUUUGGUAUUGAGGGAGAGAAUUUUUAACGGCAUGUUGCCUCUCUGUUGAUCUUGAGAGGCAGGUGGGAGUAGGACGCUGAUUCAAAUAGGGAAAGCUACGUGUGUUGAUCACCUGGUACCUUGAAUGCAUGGUGUAGACCCAAAUGGGUCAGUUAAAGAGGGGUAGAGUGGAACAAACUAUGUACAAUUGCCCGUUAGCCCCUGGGGCCGUGUGCAGUAGAUUGCAAACGGGUAUAUGUUGGCUUUAUUGGUAAGCCAUGUGGGGGGUAGUGGUGAUUUCUAAAAUAGUGUUGUAUAUAAAAUUGGUAGUGUGAGGUGGAGAGUUAUAUAUUUAGUAGUAUUUCUCUACCGCCUGUGGACCUAUGGCUGUGCUCACAUGACGGUGUCUACUUGCAUUAGAACAUUGCAGCAGUAUACAUAUUUAACAUAUUAAGACAUUAAAGCAUUUGUGGUUGAAGAGAUUACGUAUCCUGGUGCUGGUAGGACAAAGCCUUAGGUACGGAAGUUUCUUCGGGUCUGCGGGUCCGUAACAUUCCACGGAACUUGUUGCCAGUCUCUCGCUAUUUUACGUGGUGGUGAAGUGCCCGAUCUUUGCUUGUCAGUUAUUGGAAUUCGUAUAUUCCAAUCUUCCAGCGUCUUUAGUCCAUCUUCUGGUGUAAGAAUUGUUCGAUUUACUCCGUUUCUGUUAAUCAGCAGUUUGGCAGGGAAUCCUCAUUUAUACGCGAUGUUAGCAUUGCAUAGGGCUGUAGUGAUGGGCGCAAACUAUCGCCUCUUGUACAUGGUGGCCGCCGACAGGUCAAUGAAAAGCUUAAUGUCCGCGUAUUCUCCUGGGAGAGUGUUGUCUAGUCUGGAUGCCUGCAUUAUCCGGUCUUUGACUGUGAAGUAAUGAAUUUUUGUGAUAACAUCCCUAGGGGUAGUUGCAGGUAGAUGUCUGGGUUUAAGUAAUCUGUGUAUUCUGUCUAAGCGAAGGUCUGAGUCUUCUAGAGCUGGGAUUAAGGCUUUGAAUAGCUUUUGUGCAAAUUGGGCGAGGUCUUGUGGCCCUAUAGUUUCAGGUAUGCCUCAGAGCCUGAUGUUAUUUCUCCGGUCUCAGUCUUCGUUAUCAGCGAUCUUUCUCUCUAGAAAUCUGACCUUAUCCUCCAGAGCUGCAUGUGCGUCAGCCAGGUCGUUAUGUGCUUCCACUAGGCCCUCCGUCUUUUCUUCAAGAUGAGCUGUUCUGUCCCUAGGGCCUGAAUGUCAGCUUGUAUGUCCGACGCUAUUUUUAGUAAGUCUGAGCGUAGGUCUGUUUUUAGGUCUUGUAACAUAUUACUCACUGAGGCAUCAGUGGCUGGAAGUAUGGUGGCAUACUCCAGCUGUCUUCAGCUUCGGAUUCAUGUGCGGGUGAUCGCGGUUCUCUGGCGCCAUCUUGGACCCGCAGGUUUGCUGCUUGCUGUGUGCUUAAAAGUGAGUCCAUCAUUUUUUGCUUCAAUUUCUUGCCAGAUUUAGUCGACAUGGUAGUCUCUGUGUACCUGACAGCAAGUUAGGCUAUUUUCGGUAAGAUUGUUGCUGUUAACCUCGCUGUUGGGCCCACAAAACGUCAGAGCUCUCGGUUUAUGCGACUGCUUCCAUGCGGUCCGUGACCACUCCCCCACAAGUCUUCUACUUGUAGUUUGAUAUUGGAAAAUGAUAUUGGAAAAUAGCAGUUUCUUAUGUUGGGGUAAUUCAAACCCCCUCAUUGGUAUUUUCUCGUCAGAACCUUAGAACUUAUUCUAUGUUUUUUACAUUUCCAUAUGAAGGUCUGAAAACUGGAUUGAAUCAUAGUUAACCAACUAUCAGGCAUUUGGACGGGUAUCAUUCUAAAUAGAUAUGACUAUUUUGGAAUAAUAUAAGCAUUUAUUGUGUUAAUCCUACCUGACCAAGAGGAUUCUAAUAGGCGCCAUUAUUUUAACUUUAUAUUGGUGUAUUUUAAAAGAUUUAGAACAUUAAUUUCCAUAGUAUUUUCUAUCUGUGCCGGGAUUGUCAUCUCUAGAUAAUGAAAAGCGCCUUUUGACCACGUAAAGUUAAAAUUGUCUCCAAGAUCUUUAAAGCUGUAAUUUUUAACCUUAUUAGUUAAAGCGAUUGAUUUAGAUACAUUCAGCUUGUAAUUUGAUACUUCACUGUAUUUAUUUCAUGUAUUGCUUGCGGUAGAGAUGAUUCUGGGGAUGUAAGUGAUAGAAUGUCGUCAGCGUAUAGCGAUAUUUUAGCUUCUGAUUUAUUAAUUGGAACUUGAUCUUUUGAUUUGUUCUAAUAUUAAUUGCUAACGGUUCUAGCGUUAAGAUAUAGAGAAGAGGUGAUAAGGGGCAACCCUGCCGCGUACCAUUUUGUAAAUUAAACCAGCUAGAUAAGAUAUUUACCCCGACUGUUCUUGCCGUCGGUUCAGAGUAUAGGGCCAUAAUAGCUCCACGGAUCCAACCCACAAAUCCAAAGGAAAUUAAUAUAGCGUCUAGGAAUCUGCAGCUGACCCUGUCAAAAGCCUUCUCAACAUCCAGUGACAGGGUCAGCAAUGGAAUCUCCUGACGUUCUGCUCUAUCCAGUACAUCCAAAAUUCUUCUGGUACAGCUAUCUGGGAAUCUGCCCGGAAUGAAACCAACCUGGUCCAGAUGGAUGACUUUCUCAAUAAGUGGUUUUAAUCUGGAUGUUAAAAUUGCUGCAUAUAUUUUCAUGUUUAUAUUUAUUAAUGAAAUUGGUCUAUAAUUACUAACAUCUCUUCCAUCUUUGUUAGGCUUUAGUAUUGGUAGGAUGUUAGCCUGUAAUAGCUCUUUCGGAGUUUUGGCUUUUUUGGCCAUUUCAUUAAAAAGGGCCAUUAGAGGGGGAGCUAUUUCAUUUUUCAUGAUCUUAUAAAAAAAGUUGCUAUAUCCAUCCGGACCAGGGGUCUUAAAUAGUUCCAAUCAAUCAAUCUCUCUUUCCACUUCAUUAGAAGUAAACUCAAAUUAAGCAAAUUAAGAUUGGGAGUGGAAAUUUUUGGAAUUUCUGUGUCGGACAGAUAUUUAGUAUUUUUUUCAUUGUCAGAGAAUACUCCUAGAUUGUACAAUUUACUAUAAAAUUUGUUGAAUAUUUGGCCAAUUUUUUCAGGAGAGGAGUAUAUAAUUUCUUUGUCCAACAAUUUAUUUACACUGUUUAGCGUAUUCUGUUUCUUUAGUUUCAUUGUUUAGUUUUUACUAGCUCUAUUUCCCUGAUAGUAGGUAUCUAGUCUCAAUUUAUUAAUAAUUAGAAAAGACACACAGGAUAUUAGUCACCAUGCCAUAAGGCAAAAUCUGUGUAACCUGGACAUAUACAAGUAGUCUAGGAGAAAAUCAUAAAAUAUACUUGAUACAAAAUAAGAAAGUAUCCCUAUAGGAUGUGAAUUAAAAAGUCAAGUAGAUACAAAUAUAUAUCGUAAUCCCUGGGUGGUAUAGUUAUGUUACCAGUAUAUCCUUAGCAAUAGAUAGAAAUUCUGAGCUUUAUUCAGACUGGCUCUUAACGAUUCUAUACUGCUAUUUAUCUGGAUCUAAUCUAACCACCCAAACAGGGAAUAGAUGAGACUACCACUUAAAUGUUUGCCAGAUAUUGUAUAAGCACCCCUUAAUUUAAAGUUAAAUCCAACUAUGCAAUAUGGUCAAAUGCUCCAUACGGUGAUUAGAGAAAUAGCUCCAAAAAAUUAUAAAAAAUAAUAAGAAAUAAUGUAUAUACAUAAAGUAAUUAUCUCCAAGGGGCUAUAGGUAUAUUUACAAAUUAGGCACGACCAUAUAGUUGAAAAUAAUUUUUGAAAAAAAAAUAAUAGGAGUACCAAAAGUAGAACAUAGAUGUCAUGAUGCUUAGAGUGCUCAAUGACAUUUCUAUGAAUAGAUUAUAGGGUAAAGAGCAGUCAUUUAGGUAAAGAUAUAGAGGACAGAUAGCAACCUAUAUUUGAUGUAAAUCCAACGGUCUAGGUAAUAGGUAGUAUCUCACUUCCUAAAUGCAGACCUCAAACUGCUCUAAGGUAGCUCAAUAAAGUAUAGUAUCUACUUAAAUCAAACAAAACAGUGCCAUAACGUGCCUAGUGAAACAUACCCAUAAGUGAAGAAAAUAUAAAACCGCCUGACGCACGUUUUCGGUGCUAUCCAAUGAAGCACCUUCGUCAGAGGCAGUUUGAGGUCUGCAUUUAGGAAGUGAGGUACUACCUAUUACUUAGACUGUUGGAUUUACAUAAAAUUGCGGAAUCUUAGGUUUUUUUCUUUGGGCUAGGUCUUCAAGAUCGUCAAUUUUGUUUCAAGAUAAGAGAUUCUUGUUGUCAUUUUUGUUACAUCUUCGUUUAAUGAUUGAAUCCAAAAAUCAACAUUUCCCAUUCGAUCUUCCAUAGCUUGAAAUUUGUUUGUUAAUUUAGCUAUAUCACUUUUAAUUUCUUGUCUCAUUUCCAUGGAAUUUGAUAAAAAUGUCCUUUUUAAUUUCUUCUAAUAUAGAUUGUAGACUUGUAUUGAGUACUUUAAUUGUAACAUCUUCAUUAUCCUUGCUCGUUUCCAUCAAGGAUAGAUCUGAAUUGGAUAAUGAUUCUCUAGGUGCGUUGCCUUUUAAAUCUUUGGAUUGAGGAGAGAAAUAUGUUGAGAGAUUUUUAUCUUGUUUGAGUUCUCUUAUGUCUUUUUUAGUUGAUGGUUUCUGUUCUAAAGCGGUAUUUCUAGUAGCCAUAAUAAUUCCCAAUCUGAGUUUGGUAUAAAUAUAUCGAAUAGUAAGGUAUUUAACAAUUAUAGACAAUUAAUUCUUAUGUUUGUCCCAGUGCUUAGGUGCAAAAGUUGUCACUUAUAUAUGCACAAACAUCAAAGGAAAGAAAAGGAAGCGAAAGAAAGGAAAACAGAAAAAAACUAAUAAAACCCCGAUAAUCUUAUCUGUUUUGGGCACUGCUGGUAUCGAUCAGUGCUGGUGCCUGAGUUUCCAGAGCUUUCAGUGCAGUUAGUGUUAAACACACUGUAUCAGAUCUUCCCAGGUUAGUCUUCCUAAAUAUCAUCAGAAUCAACUGUGGAACUUGAGACUUCAGGAGCUUGAAAGUUUUUUUUACGGAGUAUUAUUCAUCCGUUCUAUAUGCUGUGUUUGCAGGGACUUUCACUGUGCCGGCUAACCGCACGGGACACACACACCAGGUAAUCACUGGAAAUUCAGGGGUUAGUCUGUUUAACCUUUGGGCAGAAAACUGCUUGUUUCAGCACUGCUACAGUUGUAUACAGAACCCUAGCAGACCUCUUUUAAACGACAGUCUAGGACGGUAAGUUAAUGAGUUUUAUGGCUAUAGAAAGCCUCUCCCGAGACCGCCAACACACUCCCCUCCUCACGACGUACGCGGCAUCUUGUGUCUACACGUCACCAUCUCCCGACAAUAUGAAUUUACAAAUCAUUCUAAAUACCCUAUAAAUGUCUACAUUUAUUAUUUAUUUUUCAUUUGUGGAUGGAUAGUACAUGCUCCCAUUAAGUGUAAUUUUAGAAUGUUUAGAAAACUAUCCAUCUUUGGCCCUCUGGCAAGCUGUGUACACUGUCUCCCAACAACUGUCAAAGAAUUAUGGGAGAUAUAGUCCAACAAGAGUUGACAGAUCUACCGGUAAUUUAGAUUAUAGGCUCUAGAGUGUAAACAGAGCACUGAAAUGAAAGUGGAUAUUUGGUUUCUAUUAUGUACAUAGUAUGGAAAGAGGUUUUAAUUAUCUGAGACAAUUUCAAAAACCUACUUCCAAUCCUAUAAUUUGACUGGAUUCAAUCGUACCCCUGCAGAGAGAUGCAUCUGAAUAGUGAAAUAUAUAUAUAGUAUGAUAACAUUUAUACAUGGAUCUGUGUUUUUUUUUAAUUUAUUUAUUUUUAUUUACAGGAGCAAUUUCGAUGGCAGAAAGGGCAACAGCUGUUGUCCUUGCUAGAAGAGGCUUUGUCGUGGAAAGCAGAGACACCCCAAAAAGACUGGGUCAUAUCCCUGAGCAAGCCUAACGAAAAUGACAAUCACUUACUAAUGACAAUCACAGAAGAGCAACGUGAGUUGGAUGAAGUGGACUCAUUUUAAUCAGUGGAUUCACAGCUUAUUGUAGGCAGAUAAAGAAAUAUGUUCUAUAAAGUUAAAAUGGGUCGAAAGGGCAUGUUAAUGUCAGAAUGAAUACUUUUUUAGAAUCAAUCUCAACAGAAUUUGUGAUAUGCAAGAGCUGGUCCCCAGAUACUUUAUAAAAGGAGAUAGUGUAUACCAGGAUCUUAUAUUAUUAUUAUUAUUGCCAUUUAUAUAGCGCCAACAGAUUCCGUAGCGCUUUACAAUAAUAUGAGAGGGGGAUUUACCUAUAAAUAGGACAAUUACAAGAAAACUUACAGGAACGAUAGGUUGAAGAGGACCCUGCUCAAACGAGCUUACAGUCUAUAGGUCACAAUCUAGUAGUCAUCCAACAUCUGCUCUGUCACUUUGAGAGUUGGUGUCAGUGAAAAAUAAAGGAGAAAUGUACGGCAGAGUUAUAGUGGCAAAAAAUUUGAUGAAUAUUCACCGUUUCCUCCUUUUCUCAAAAGUUGGUUCAUUCCUGAAUUUAUGGCACCUGUUAUUUUACUUGCACCUUAGCAUCUUUUUCUCAUGUUCUCAUGCGGAGUACUUGGGUUUGUGUUAGAUUUAUAUCCACGCCUUUUCCUAAUGCUAUCAUUUAUUUAUCACUAUCCUGACCUCUCUUCCCUGUUCAAGGUGUGGUUCCAAUAAAAGAUGUUUUCACAGCUCUCGGGGACAUUAAAAGGAGUCUUGCAGAGGUAAACUGAGUUUAAAGAUACUGUGUUCUACUCAUUAAUGGACCUUGUGCAACUGUUCUCAUUUAAAGGGAUACUCUAGGCCCCUAAAGCACUUUAGCUUGCUGAAAUGCUUUAUGUGUAAAGAGCGUGUCCUCUUUUUUUUCAUUUUGUAAAAAGUGCAGAUUUCAAUAGAAAUUGGCACUUUUAUAAAUUAACCUGGUUACACCCCCUUGGCUUUCAAGCAGACAUGUCCUGUUAUUUCCCAUUUGUUUAGCUCAGUGAAGCUAAACUCAAGAGGCAGCAGUUGCCCAGAGCACCAACCUUACAAAGACACCUCAUUGAGCUGCAUUGGGAAGUCUGUGAUUGGACAGCCACAGAAAGUCUGGGCGGGGUUUGAAGGGGAGGGCUUGCUAAGGGUGCAGACAACAUAAUUGCGGGUUUUGCAAGCUGUGUUUAGAUAUACCUCAUUGAAAAAAAAAAACAUAAUUUAAUGCAUGCAAGUUUUCAUUUGGAGUAUAUCUACCAAACAGUGAUUUUAAUUUAGUUUGUAUUUGGGCAGUUGAGUGUCCCUUUAAUCAAUAAUAGUGUUUCUGUUCACUAAACAGUAAAUUGGGAUGAACAGAAAAAGUAAGAGUUGAAAUAUUUUAAACCAAACUUGUUGACUUUGAAAAAUGUCUCUGUAUAAUAUGAUCUUACUUAUCUGAAUUUUGGUUUCAAUUCACUACAUUUCCCAUUUUACCUGACUGUAGCAAGUAACUGUUAAACAAAGGUAUGCGAAUAUGAUUAUGUGGCAUGCUAGGACUAAAGUGAUAUUGUCUCUUCUUAGAUUGGAAUUGAGAGCUACUCCAGCACAGUGGUCUGUGAAUCACGCCCUAACCAGCCCCGCAGUGACUAUGGAAAACUCUUUAUUGUUUUGGUCAUUAUUGGAUCUGUCUGUGUCAUGAUCAUCAUUGCAGGAAUUAUUUAUAUCUGCUGGCAGAGGCGCUUGCCCAAAUUGAAAAAUAUGGUACGUAUGUCAGCUACAGUAUAGAUCUGUUCCAAAAAAUUCCAAACCCAAUGGAUACAAAGCCAGAAAGCUUUCUCAGAGUUAGAAAACCAUUUGGAUGUAGCUAUGUAUGAGUAUUCCAUAUCUGGUAGCAUGUCUGCGUAUGUCAAGGUUUGGGGUUACUGAGUAGGCAGGAGAAUGCAAAAGGGGCACUGUCACUUGUUUAAAAAGUAUUGAUUAUUCCAAAAGCAUCAAACCAGAUAGAAAAUCCAAAACACUCAGACAGGCAAAAAGUUAGUUUGAGUGGCACAGGUUCAGAGUCAACAGCAAGCAAGAAUUAGUACACAGAGAAUCACUAAAUGUUUGAACAUAGUAGGACAAAAGUCUACAAACCAAUGUGGUACUACAAUUACUAUCUGUGGAUUAUCUUGUUAAACCUGGCAAGAUAUAAUGUUGUUUUAGCAUUAUGUUAUUGUUAUACCAAAAACUCCACUACCUAAUAACAUUGAAAUUGGUAUAUAGGCCUGCAGAUAUUAUUCUGCAUAGGAUGACCUUUUACAAGUUGCAUUACAGUGAUCAUCAACAGGGAUGAUAAAUUAGUCUAGACUUUUAUGGAUGACUUAUACCAUCAUAUAUGCGAUUCUGAUUCUUGAUUUAUACAAAAGUGGAUUACUUAUUCAUGUUUCAAUUCACUAUAAUAAGGGUUACAUUAGACUUGCAAUUCAUAUUUAUUUAUCUAUAAAUUCACUUGAUGAUUAGAUUAUAUUGGCAUCAGACAAUCAGACCUGUUUCUAACUAUGCCGAUUUUGGAGAUCACCAUCUAGUCUGGCUACUUUUCAUCUUUUUGAGUCAUCUCGGCCACCAUACUCACUUACAUCCCCUGAUUCUAUCAGUAACCAAUUAGAUUCAGGGGCGGGCUUUUUAAACCCCGGGAAACCGGUGAAUGAGUUCCCCUUGAUGAGCCUCUAACUCAAGGGGCUCGAUAUUUGCUACUCUACUGUUAUAUUCUAGCUCGGUCUUCUGUGUUUUCGGGCACCUUCAUUUUUCGUGGGCGGACUUGGACCACGGGCUACAUCCAAUAGCCAUUGAGGCACCCGAUGAACCUAGUUGGCUGACAGCCAUCGGGGCAUCACAGAUAGACGAGUGACCGAUCAGGGUGUUAGGAGCAGUAUGAUUUAGCAAUUAUACCAUCUUAUUCUCUGCUAAUAUAACGGCUCUAUUAGUAUUAGGAUUCCAUCUUUUCCUACAGUCUGUCCUAUACUAGGUGCCCAAUCAUUUCAUACUAUAUCUUUAUAUCUUAUUAUCAUCAAUGAGAUUACGGACACAGAUUAUGGAGUUCAUUUGUAGGUGUACCUAUAUCUGUAACACUAUCUUUGUAUAGAUCAUAGUAAUCAUUUGUUAUACCCACACUCAUUACUUUAUUCUUAUGUAAAUUAUAUUAAAUAUGCCCUUGACUUAGUGGCCUGAGGAUAAAGUUAAUAUUAGCAGGUAGGAUAUUCAUAUGCUCUCAUCAUAGACUAAGUGGUUUCGGACUGUCUUUUUGAGCAGCAUUCCCUCUAUUUAUUGUGCACGGCUAUUUUAUAUCGCAGUGGAUUCAAUGUUAAUAUAUGGUGUGAUAAAUUGAAGACAGAUAGGCUUAUAACAUUUAACCCCAUGGGGUGUAUGUGUAGUAUGUGUUGUAGGCAACACAAACCAAAGUUUAGUUAUGGGCCCUUGGGGUGGAGCAUUUGGAGAGCAGGGUGGGCCAAUGCUCCACUCCUCAGUUUAUACACAACUGGGAGAAAUAAGGUCCAGGCCAGAGUUUUUUGGAACUGUCUCCAACCCACUGCUCAGCUGCAGAUAAUCAGCUGUAGCAGUGGGAAUAAACCUCUCCCUGCUAGGCAGGUAAAGGGGGAUUGCUGGCUUCCUCCCUGGAAGCAGGUAGGAGAGAGGCUAUUCUCUCCAGUGAGAAAGUCAAGGAGAUUGAGCACUGGGAGUGCAGAAGGAAAGCAGUUAAGGCUGGCUUGGAGCACUGGUAGUGCAGAAGGAAGCAGUCAAUGCUGGCAUGGAGCACUGUGAGUGUAGAAAGGAAAGCAACAGGCUGAUUUAGCAAUGGAGUGCAGAGAGCUGACAAAGACACUAGGUUGGUGAAACCAAUAUUGUUUUGUUCUAGUUUAACCCCUGAGAGAUAGGGAACCUGAAGUUGGUAAGUGCUCAGACGAGCUAGGUUUUUGUUUAUAGGGAUUUGUGUUAUAUUUAUGUUUUCAUUUGCUGCUGUGUUCUGUGUGGAUUUACAAAUAAAGUGCCUGGAUUAUAUGAAAAUAAAAGGACGGUGCCUGUUGUUUACCCUUGAGGACCGUGCUACCUGCAGACAAGGAUCACAAUGGAUACAACAUUGUAUCAGAUUUCUCCUUGAUACACUGUUGCUUACUAGACUCUCUAUGCUGCACAUUUAGAGGGUAUCUGUUUCCAAGCUAACUAGAUGAUUCUAUUGGGUUACUGUAUUCCCUUAGACACGGAUUGAUAUCGCUAUGGCGAUCUUCUCUACUUAGUCUUGAUUUAUUGAUAUAUGUUAUUGAGAUAUGUUUAAUCUUUUCAUUUUUUAUUUAUUUCUUAUUUUGCACUCUUUUGCUUGUACUGCCGAAAUUGAUUCUUUAACUGAGUCAAGCAGUCAUAGCCAGGGUUUAUUUGUGUCCAUUUGUGUUUUUGGUUUAAUUAAUAAAGUAUCUUCUAGAUUUUUAACCAAAUAUCAUUUAUUUAAACUGAAUGUUAUGACAGCAGUAGUUGGAACAGAGUUCUGUUUUUCCUCUCUUUAUAACCAUAAUGCUAUAGUGUUCCUUUAAAUAUUUAACAUGCUGAAAGCUUUAUUGAUAAUUUAAAAACACAAAAUUCUAAUGUAAUUUUCUAGUUUGGCCUUACUUGGUCGUCGAGUGCCUGGAACUCUUUUCUGCUAGGCACUCGUGCGAACGCCGGUAAAACUUAGACCGCUGCCCGUUCUAUUUCCAGACUACCUAGACAAACGACAUUUGGGAAAUAUGAACUACCGAUGGCAUUUCUGUUUCACCAAACCGAUCUGAGUGAUUCUUGGAUAUGUUAAACACUCAGAUCGGGGAUAUCGGGGAAUGUACUUUUUGAAGGGUUACGAAGGUACUUUUGGGGUACAGUAUAUUUUGUUGGAUUUUCUGUACCUGAGAGAUAAUAAAAUUAGAGAAGACCAACCGUUAGCCCUGAUUCCCUGUAAUUGUUUUGGGCAUAGGACCAUGUGCACGGUCGGUAGAAAUUAUGACUUCCAUGGAAAUCCCGAACCCUUGAACCGAUCUGGGUGAUUUUUGGAUAUGUUGGUCCCCCAGAUUGGGGCUAUCAGGGGAUGUGACUUUUGUGGUGUUUCCAUCUGUUUUGGAGGUACUUUUGGGAUGUUGUUAAAAUGUAUGUUUUCUGUGCCUGGAGAUAAUUGAGUUUGGUACAGUUCCUGACACAGUUAUCUCUCAGGCACAGGGGAGGGAUUACCCUGUUUUGUGUGGGAGUGUCCUGGACCUGAGAGCCAAUGUAAUUAUGUGUUUGUUUUACUGUAGUCUCCUCUCAGGUCCAGAGGUGAAUGCCCUUGGAAUAUGUAUCCGGAAACCCCAUGCAUGGGGAGUUGCAUGUAAGGCUGCAUGUAGCUCCCAUUAAACCUGUUCACCCUCAACAUAGAGCCUCGUCUCAUGUGUGGAGGGAAUAUCUAUAUUCACUCUGGGAAUUGCAUUGGAUUAUAAUCACAAGCUCUUGUAAGAGCUAUCCUGCUUUACUCUCUGUAUUGGGAGGGAUCUACCCACUGGAAGCUGGAUCCUGGUCUUGGGUCCAGGGUGGUUGGAGGACAGCGAGACCCCAACCAAGCUGUAAUGCUGGCUGCGGGUUUAUAGUGGUUAUGGUGUCUGGUGGAGUGCUUGGAGUACUCGGUGAGCACUAGGAAGCAACGAUUGGCGGAGGUACCCAGUCAGGUUGCCAGGCGGUCUGCCACAGGUACCUCCAAUGCCCCACCACCAUGCUUCCAACAGCAGAGUCAGUUACAGUGCCAUCUGUGCAAAAAGAUGGGGCAUAUGCAAAGAGAUUGGCCCCAGAACAGAGACCAGGCACAAUGGAUCUGCCCCGGGCCACCCCCAGCAGCCAGAGCAGAGGUCCAUUAUUACCAAGCAGAGGCUCCCACCCAUUAUGCCCCUACAGAGCCACCUGUUGAGCACUGAGAAAUCCUGCAUGACAAUAACCAGCAUCAUUGUUAGACAGUGCACCUUCAGGGCUAGAUGGUCCAAAGGAUCUGAGAAAAGAGAGCCACCCUCAACCUAGUUGAACGACAUCUGGUGCCGGAAGCAGCUGAGACAGGGAAUUUGGUGGCAGUUAGGGUAGCAGGGGGAGCAGUCUACCGGCUGCCCACUGCCCGGGUACAUUUGAAUUGGGGAGCGAGGUCUUGAAUGGUGGAGGUUGGGCUGAAACCGGAACUGCCGGCAGAAGUGUUAUUGGAACGAUCUGGGGAAGCUCACUUCCACUUUUGAGCCCGAAGAGCAGCAGAAGGAACUAUACCCAGUGGUCACCAGGCAAUAGGCCCAGAACAGGGACCAAAGCUCACACCUGGAGGCUCAGGUAAGAGUCACGUCCCCACCCCUAGAGUGUUUGCCCUGGAAUACCCCCACUGAUUUUGGGAAAGAGGUGACCACUGACCCCAUGCUACAAGUAUACAGGGACCGGGUUACCUCCAGUCAGGCUGGGUUAGAAGGAGAGAGGUAUGUGUGGGACAAGAAACCAAUGCCCACUAAGCAGCUAGUAGUACCUCAAAGGUAUAGGCAGGAACUGCUUCGGAUAGGUCACGAUAUUCCCGCUAUCCAGGCAUUUAGGGGUUAGCCGAACCAGAUAUUGGAUUACCCAAAAUUUCUUCUGGUCCAGGAUCUCUCAAGAUAUAAGGUGGUAUUGCCAGAUGUGCGAUACUUGCCAAAGAGUAGGUAAGAGGGGAGAUCGCCGAAAGGCCAAACUCCACCCUCUCCCCGUUAUUGAGGAACCAUUUAGCAGGAUAGCAGUAGACCUAGUCGGGCCCUUAGCUAAGUCUAGCCCCUCCGGCAAGAAAUAUAUCAUGACGGUGGUGGACUACACGACCAGAUACCCAGAGGCGGUGGCGCUUACCAACAUCCAUGUGGAAACGGUUGCGGAAACCCUGAUGCAAAUCUUCUCCCGUAUGGGAUUUCCACGAGAGAUAGUAUCCGAUCAGGGCUCCCAAUUUACCGCAAAGGUCACCCACCAACUCUGGAGGCUCUGCAGCAUUAAGCCGAUUAUGAGCUACCCACCCCCAAACCAAUGGCCUAUGCAAACAGUUCAACGGAACAUUGAAGAAAAUGCUCUGAACAUUCGCAGCCACCAGCUGAGACUGGGAGAGAUUCCUGCCAUGCCUCUUGUUUGCCUAACGGGAGAUGCCUCAGGAGUCCACUGGGUUCUCCCUGUUUGAGCUACUCUUUCAGGGGCGGGUGAGGGGGCCCCUAGACCUUAUCCGGGAACUGGGAAGGGCAUACUAGCCAGGACGGGACCUCCAUAGUUCCAUAUGUACUGGAGUAUUGUGACCAUCUCAAGGAGUUGACUAGGUCUAUGCAAACAAACCUCCAGGUGGCGCAGAGCCACCAGCGCACAUGGUAUGAUCGGGGAGCCAGGGACUGUAGUUUUCAGGUAGGACAGAAACAGAAAGUUUUAAUUUUGAAACCUGUCUGUAAUGACAAACUACAGGCUGCCUGGCAGGACCCAUACCAGGUGGUGGAGCAGAAAUGCGACACCACCUAUGUGAUCGGUCCAUUCUCUGGAGCGGGGGGGCAACGUAUGCGCCAUGUGAACAUGCUGAAAUCCUACCAUGAAAGAGUGGGGCCGAUCUGCGCCCCUGCCUCUGAAGAUUUUGACAAUCUUCCCCUACCAGACCUCCUAGGGGACGGGAGUCAGACAGGCGAGUUAGAGGAGGUCAAGUUAGAAGUACGGCUGAGCCCUCAGGAGCAUUCCCAGGUACUGCAGCCACCUUCUCCAACGUACCUGGGUACACUCCUUUAGCUACUCACCAGGUAGAGACACCAGGUCAACUCCCACUACGCCAACCCCCAUAACGAAUCCCUGAAUUGGUAUGGGAGAUUAUGUGGAAGGAGAUCCAGGAGAUGCUCAGACUGGGGGUUAUGGAGACCUCUGACAGCCCCUGGGCCUCCCUAGUAGUCCUAGUACCGAAACGGGACGUUAUGACUCGUUUCUGUGUGGACUACCGGAGGUUAAAUGAUAAGACUGUGUCUGAAGCAUAUCCUAUUCCUAUGAUAGAUGAGUUACUAGACAGGAUGGCAAGGGGCCAGUACUUUACCACAAUUGAUGUUUGUAAGGGGUACUGGCAGAUCCCCCUAGCCAUCAAAGCUAUCCCUAAGUCAGCCUUUGUCAUCCCAUUCAGUCUGUACCAAUUUAAGGUCAUGCCAUUUGGGAUGAAAAACGCCCCGGCUACUUUCCAGAGGAUGGUGGACCAGCUCCUAGAUGGGUUCCAAGACUUUGUCUGUGCCUAUCUGGAUGAUAUUGCUGUCUUCCGCGAUAUCUGGCAGGAGCAUUUGGCCCAUAUAGGAGCGGUUCUUGAUAGGAUUAGGGAGGCAGGCUUAACGCUUAAGCCUAGCAAAUGCAACAUAGGCAUUGCCGAGGUACAGCACCUCGGUCACAGAGUAGUAUGCGGGCAGCAGAAGCCUGAGCCCGCUCAGAUUGAGGCAGUGGCCCAGUGGCCUACACCCAGGAUGAAGACCCAGGUGUUAGACUUUCUUGGGAUGGCAGGGUAUUCUAGAAAGUUUUUGCCCUAUUAUAGUGCCCUCGCCAGGGCCGCCAUCAGAAAUUGUGGGGCCCCUAACACAGCUCAAGGUCUGGGCCCCCAGGUGCCCGCCUCCAAGCCCCACCUCCAAAUCCCGCCCACAGGAAUACACAGACAGAUUUACACACAUCCUAACAGACACAAAUACUGAAACAGACAUACACACAUACAGGCAUACUGACACACACAUACUGAAACAGACACAUACACAUAUACAGACACAUACACAUGCAUAAGGAGAUACAGAUACAUGCACACACAUACUGACAUACAGACACACACACUGAUGUACAUACAUACUCACAUACUGACACACAUACAUACAGACAUACAUACAAACUGACAUACAGACAUACAUACACAUAAGUACAUACUGAUAUACAUACAUACAUACAUACAUACAGAUAUAUAUAUAUAUAUAUAUAUACACACCGAUACAUACAUACCUACUGGCAUAUACACACAGACAUACAUACAUACUGACACACACACACACACAUACAUACAUAUAGAUACAUACAUACUGACAUAUAUACACACACACCUCAUUUAUCAUCCACCCUUCUCUUCCUUACCUUUAAGUUGCAGGUGGGUGGCUGUGGAUGAUGGGAGCAGGUGCCUCUCCUCUCCUCGGCUGUCUGUCCCCCCGUGCGGAGUAACGCUGACCGGGCCCCUGAAGAUAUAGGGCUCAUCGGGUGGCCCUUAAUGCUUGGGCCACCUGAUGGGCCCCGGUGCAGAUGCACCUGCGGCAGUUACACCGCUCCACGUGGGGCCCGUCAUGGUUGUCACCACCUGAUGGCUGCCCUGGCUCUCGCCAAGCCCCUUGCUGAUCUUACUCGCAAGAACCUUCCGCGCCAAGUAGUCUUGGCCCCGGAGUGUGAGCAGGCAUUCCAGCAGUUAAAACAAACUCUAGUAAAUGCCCCUGCUUUAGCAGCUCCCAAUCCAACUAAACGCUUGAUCGUUCAUACAGAUGCUUCUAUGUUUGGAUUGGGAGCAGUACUGAGCCAAGUGGGACCCGAUGGCGGAGAACAUCCUGUGGCUUACAUAAGUCACAAGCUGUUACCUCAAGAAGUAAGCUACGCCGCCAUUGAGCAGGAAUGCCUGGCCGUGGUGUGGGCCCUGAAAAAGUUGCAACCCUAUCUAUAUGGGCAACCAUUCUCCUUGCUCAUGGAUCACAACCCAUUGGUCUGGCUGAACUGUGUGGCUGGGGACAAUGCCAGGCUGCUGCGCUGGAGUUUGGCGCUGCAGCCUUUUGACUUCACGAUCCACUACCGCCCUGGGAAGCAAAAAGGGAAUGCUGACGGCUUGUCCAGACAGACAGAACUUGGGAAGUGAUCCGUGAGCUCCCCUGGACAUCCCUUGUGGUUAAGGGGGAGCAGUGUAGCAGAAUGGAGACCUACAAAUACUGUUUUUAUAUAUAUAUAUAUAUAUAUAUAUAUAUAUAUAUACACACACACACACACAUAUAUAUAUAUAUAUAUAUAUACUUUCCCCUUGGAUUUGCCUGCUUCAUCCUAUUUCUGUUCAUACGAACAGAAUUCUUUCAUCUCCCGAACAAGGACCACCCCUGUACUCCAUUAGAAUGUUGACACCAACCACUUAAGUGCGAAACCGCAAGGGAAGUAAUUAAUGAAUGCUCUCCCUGGGUGGCCGCCAUUUCGUAUAACCGAAUACAUGGCGGACAAAAGAGUGGCGGACAUCUUGUCUCCCGAACAUGGGCAGCGGUACUUGGUCGUUGAGUGCCUGGAACUCUUUUCGGCUAGGCACUUGCAUGAACUCCGGUAAAAUUUAGACUGCUGCCCAUUCUAUUUCCAGACCACCUAGACGAAGAGAUAUGAACUACCGAACAGGGGGAUUAGUAGUAUCCUGAUAUGAAGAAAUUCCCUUGCAUGGUGUUCGCACUGGAACCCCACGAACGGAGACCGGCCAAUGCACCUAUUUCCCUGGAACUGUUUUGGGCUAGUGCCUCGUGCCUAGCCAAUCAAAACUUUACAUCAAUGGCAUUUCUAUUUUACCAAACCGAUCUGAGUAAUUCUUGGAUAUAUUAUACACUCAGAUUGGAGCUAUUGGGGAAUGUACUUUUUGUGUGGUUCCUAUGUACGGUGGGGGUACUUUGGGGGAUUUUCUGUACCUGAGAGAAUAAAAUUAGAGAAUUUUUCUCACGCAAUUAUCUCUUAGGCACAGAGGAUCCUCGGAUUGAAACCCCUGUAUUGUUGUGUUGAAAACCCCUUGUAUGGGACUGGGCAUAAAGGCCGUUUGUGACUCAAUAAACUUCAGUUGUACUCCCAGAACUGUGUGUCAUCCAGUUGCUGGGGAGGAGGUGGAUAUUUCUUUGGUGUUUCUCUUGUUCCUGAUAGUACUUUGGUGGGUCCAGCGGGAAAGGGCUCCGCUACACUAUUAAAAUUUAAUUUUUAUGGUGCCAUGAGCAGGAGUAAGAGCAAAACAGUGCUGGCAAGGAGACUGUAAAACCAUUCAUUAACAGUUUAAUUCCUAAAGGUAAGCCAGCACCAGGGAUACCCUGGCACCAAAACAACUUCUUUUCAAAGAAAUUAUGUCGCAGAGAAAGUUUCUUUAAGCAAAGCAUUGUGUAAUGUGCUUCAUUAUGAUUUGAAAAAUAGUUGUUUAUUUUAUACUUUGGCUAAUGGAGCUCAAGCAUUUUUUACAAUUCCCAGGCAUAGUGUAAAACAGCGUUUCCCAGUUGGUGUUCCGUGGAAUCUUAGGGUUCAGCGAGAACAAAAUUGGGGUUCCGCGGAAAUUCGCCAGUACAAAGAUGGCCACCGCUACCUGCUCUUCCCAGAAGGUCCGAAACAGCAGAGAUCGUGCAACCGUACAAAAAUCUGAGCUGUUAGCAAAACAGUGCAGUCAGUUAGUGAGAUCUGUAUUAAAGUGUUUGUUUUACUCAAAGACUGAGGCAUUUAUGUUAAAUUAUUUCUAAGAGCUUUGUAAAAAUCUGCAUCCUUUUCAGUCAGGUAGUGAGAUCUGUUUCAAAGUGUUCAAAUCUUUUUGCUCUAAGUCUGACUCAAAAAUACUUAUAGAAACUGAGAAAGAAGAUACAACUAAAAAUCCAGAAAACAUGUCCGAAAUAAUUGAAUCUACUGUUCCUCAAAUAGCAGAGACAAGUGACAAGUCAAAGAAAAUAAAAAGAAAAGCACACAAUGCUACCCAAUCUUAUUCUCAAUGAAAGAAAAUAAAAUAUGAAGAUAGCUACUUGUCAUUUGGAUCCACAAUGGCCAGAAAUGAAGAUUGUCCUGAAGCACAAUGCUGACUUACUUUGAGCAAAACCACACAAAGUACAAAGAUAAAGACAAGAGUAUCAGAAAAGUAAACAGUUUAUGAGCAAAUAAUUUAAAAAUGAUAAUGAAAAAGCCACAGAGGCUUCUUACAGAGUAAGUUACCGCAUAGCACUUGCUGGAGAAGCACACACAAUUGGGAAAUUGAAGCUCUGCCACUUUCCAACAACACAGUUUUGCGCCAUAUUCAUGAUCUUGCUGAUGACAUCCAUACCGAACUAAUUUCUCAACUGCAUCAAUGUGAUGGGUACUCACUGCAAUUAGACGAGUCGACAGAUGUUGCAGGACUUUUAAUUUUGUUGGUUUUUGUUAGAUAUAAUUUUGACAAACAGAUUGAAGAAGACUUGCUUCUGUGUGAAGCUUUGAAAACUCAUACCACUGGUGGAACAUUUUUAACUGUAUCCAGAAGUUCAUGAACACACACAGUAUAAAUUGGGACAAAUGUGUAGAUGUGUGCAGUGAUGGUGCCAAAGAAAUAGUUGAAAAAGUGGCAGUCGCUGUGACACGAAUAAGAAAUGUAGCAAAAAACAGCACCCGUUCUCAUUGUGUUCUUCAUAGACAUGCACUGGUAGAUAAAAAUAUUUCGAUCUCACUUAAAACUGUGCCAGACGAAGCAGUCCAGAUUAUUAAUUUUAUAAAAAGUCGACCAUUACAGUCACGACUAUUUAAAAUUAUAUAUGAAGAUAUGGGUAGUCACCACUCUGCUCUGCUUUUGCAUUCAGAAGUCCGUUGGCUGUCACAAGAUAAAGUCCUUGUUAGAAUGUUUGAAUUGCGUCAAGAGUUGUUUGCAUUUUUCCAGGAUCAUAAAUUUUGAUUAUCUGAUUGAUCAACAAACAUUUUGUGGAUAUCUAAAGUAGCAUAUCUUGCAGACAUAUACACAAAAUUAAAUGACAUAUGUUUAUCACUCGAAGGAAAAAACACUAAUAUUGUUAAUGCAAGAGAUAAAAUAUUUCCACUGUCUCGUAAGCUGCAGUUUUGGACCUCAUCUGUUGAGCAAAAUUAUUUGAACUCUUUUCCAACACUUAAGGAUUUUCUUGAAGAAUCAGAAAUUGAACUUCUUGAAUGAAAAAAAUAAUGACUGGGUCUGAAAUCCAUUCAUAAAAGACAAGCCAGAAAAUUUUUCUGAUGUAGGUUUUGAGAAUCUGAUCGAUAUUACUUCUGACAGUGAACUAACCCAAAAAUUUCAAGAAGUUUCUCUUAUUGUUUUUUUGGGGUGAUUUAUGUGAAGAAUACCCAGAAUUGUUCAAGCGGGCAAUCAAAGUUCUGUUGCCAUUCGCCAGCACGUAGAUUCACGCUUUACUCUGCAACAAAAACAAAGUAUUGAAAUUUACUUUAUGCAACUGCAGACAUCCGAAUACAAUUGUCAACAAUUAAACCAGAUAUAAAAAGAAUUUACCAGCAAAAGAGAACAUUACACUCUGCUCAUUGAAAGGUUUGCACUACAUUACUCUACAGCACAAUAUUUUUUUUUCGGGGGGAGAGGGUUCCACCGUGUUGCUAUACCAUGUCAAAGGGUUCCAAGGGAAAAAUUAUCUGGGAAACUCGGGUAUAAAAGACUGUUUAACAGUACAGUAUGGCUAAAACAGGAGGUCAUAACACAAAAUUGUUACGCAUGGUAUAGAUUGCCUGAAUCAUAAAUUCUGCCUGUAACAUUACAUGAAUGCCUUUGUAGAAAACUAUGAAUGCUAUUAUGAAUAUUUUAUUUCUUCCAAUUUUGCAUUGUCUUGUGUAGGAGCUGCACUUUGUUGAGAAUGGCUGCCAUGAUAACCCAACGCUGGAUGUAGCAACUGAUGCCCAGUCAGAGAUGCAAGAGAAAAAGACAAGUCUUAACGGUGGCACAUCUCACCGUGCAGAUGGCUGGGAAACUUUAAUCAAUACAAACUCCAAGGAAGAAACAGAGGCAGUGGAGGAAGACACACACCUGUAG